CUCGUUCCGGGGCUCCGCUGCUGUCAGAGGCUGUGCAGCUCCUCCAUACGCUUUCUGUCGGUGAAACACACACUGAGUGAUGCGCAACCAGCCACCACCGUUCCUCACAAAUCUGAAAAAAAGGAGGUGACUCGACCAGCUUAUGACAUUCUCCAGGUAAGACAUCGAUGUUUUUGAAUUCCCCUCAUGAGACAUGUAAUCAUCGGUAAUCAUCGAUAGUUACAGUAGUCUUCCUCCGAGCAUCCGGAGGAGGGGUGGAUGGAUGCUGAUCGGCUCUGAUGUUGAUUUGUCCUUAACCAUCACUGUUAACAACAGGACGGCGUGCUUUGACCAAAAAAUACUUAUUACUUCAAAAGUAAGCCUAUCGGUACGAAUCUGUACCUUUAGUUGGGACUCUUACAAUAUAUAUCAGAGCAGUUUUGAAGUCUGCCGAUGCAAUUAAUGUUACAAAUGUCGGUGAUUCAUCAAGGCGCUAUCUACGCCUAAAUUGUCGAUUUUAGUUUUAUUGCUAUAGGCCUUUGGUGUCUUGUGAGUUGCGGAAGGUGAUUAUUUUUUACAUAUCCUCAGUGGUUCAGUUCUUCCCUGCAUCGUUUUACUAGAUGGUAGCUCAUGCAUGUACAUGAGCUACCUUUAUUGUGGAGAGAAAUAGUUUUCAACUCUGGUAUUUGACCAUUUUCUCUAAUUUACAUCCCUUUUUUUAAUAUAUAAACUGCUUCAUCUCGUACUGAUUUAACAUUUGUGUGGCAUGUGUGGCUAAGUAUCUGAAACCAGUGACAAGUUUAGUGAAAAACAGAGUAAACUAUGCUUUUCAGAGAGCAGGUUUUAGGUUCUUUUCCCCUAAACCAUGUACCUUGGAUGCUGCCUGUUUUUGGUGGAGGGUUUGUGUAUCCUUAAGUGCCUGCUGUGUACCACCCUGUGCCAGUCCAGGGCCACAAGGGAGGGCAGCUGCUGACAGGCGUUGUGUCUGGCUGUUCAUUGUUCACAGAUAGCACGAGAAAGGCUCUUUAGGGUCUGCUGUGCAUCACAUGAUGUUAUGUACUCAACAUCUGUCCUCAUCCAGUCAUGCAGAAUACAUUUCAUCAGCUUUCUACUUUUUAUAUGAUGUCUUCAGGCGCUCUGGUUCACAGUACAAGUCUUGUUGUGUUGUUGUAUUUUUUCAAGAUUGCAGUUUUAUUCAAUGGAGUCUAUGCAGGCCUACUCGUUAGUUUUAUAACAUACAGAACUAUUCCUUAUAAAGGAACAAAGACAGCGGUUUUCUUUGAGGCAUUGCCUCAAAGAACCCUUGAAACAAAAGCAGCCACAACCCAAUAGGAAACCCAAUAACCAAUACCUCUUGUGUUCGCCGCUCUAAUCAAUGAUACACUGUCUUUUUCCCUAUUAAGUACACAGAGAUGUCUUUACUGACCACAAGUAAAAAGCUGAUAAAAUAUGGACCGAGUUCUGUAAAACUCAAAGAUGGAAACAGGUCCACACUGAAGCAGAAUAAGACAUAGAAAGAGGUUUGUUUUGAAGCAGGCAAGCGAGAACAAUGGCUGUUCCACAGGUGAGGAUGACCAAUGCUAUAGAAGAUGAGCACAGACAUAGGAGAGCAGUUCAUGGCUAUUAGAGAAAGUGUAAGGCCCCUGGUGAGGAAUGAGAAAGACGACAUAGCAUUACAAGAAGCACUAAACAUGACGACGUUAAUACUUUGUGGAAGUGAAGUUUUCAUUUCUCUCUCCUCUUCAUUACUUUACCUCUCUCUGCAUGACCUCCUGUGCACCCCCUGUCUCUUACUUUCUUUCUCUUUUACAUUAUUUCCCCGUCUCUGUAGCCUGAGAUAGUUUGCUGUAUAGCACCUGCACUGAAGGACAAGCGCCCUCCCUGCAGUCUGCUGGGACCUUAUAAAUGCUGCAGUCAGAGGAAUCUAAAUUGGACUCCAGGGCAUGAUACAGAACAGAGCAACAGCCUCCUGCUUUGGUUAACAGAUUCUGAAAGAUAUUGACUAUUUUGAAACAUAUAAUCAAAUUACCAAUUCAUCAAGUACAAUGACUUAACCACCUAUUACAAUGUUUAUCCGUAUAAUUGGGAUUUUAACAGGAAAAUCUGCCUGUGUCACGAAUGCAAAUACCACACAAAACCAGUAAUCUGGACCAUUUAUGCUAUUUAGACUGUGGAUAAGACAGAGGAUUUAAAACACCAGACAUUCGUGCUUUCUUCUCUCUGUUUAUAAUGCUGUUCUGGUGGGGGCUUGUACUUUUGUCAAAAACAAAGAUUCCAUUAUCAUAAAACCCGAGGUUAGGAUACAGGGUGGGUGUUGAUUUUCAUUUUGCAUAAAGUUGUAAGAAAGGCAUAAAAACAAUUCGACUGAUGACUUUUGAUGAGGCUUUUGUUAAAUAAGUGGUGCUGCAGUGUUGUUAGUCACAACUGUAUCGCUGCAGAGAAGUCUUGUCUGAGCAAUUAGAGCAGCCAAGUUUCUGCACAACACAGCAUUUAGUAUGUUAAGACAGGCUGUGAAAGACACAGUUGCUCUGUAUUAACCUGGUCAACUGAUGCAGGUUUAGGGUUAGUUCUAUGCUUGAUUACUUCUGCUUCUAAGGAUUGCAUGUUUUAUGGUCCACCCAAAAGCAAAAUUUAGUGUUUUUUAGCUUAUUUAAUUUGAAGAACCUUAAAAGGCCAAACUCCUCCCUCAGGAUUGCCAGGUGUACGAUAAUUAGCGUAUUUGUACGAUAAUUUUGCCCUCUGUACGAUGUACGAUCAAUAACCCAGAAAGAAAAGCUAAAUGUAUGAUAAUUUGACAGUUUCAUGAACAUGUGGUGCAAUAGGACUGUCUCUGUCUGCCAGACAAUUUUUUUUUUCAGUUUUUUUGUUUGCGAACCCUAAAGGCAUCUUGUAUCUUGUUUCAAAAAAGUAGGUAGUCUCAAGGUCUCGUGAUUUAGCUCAUUAUUUCACCUUGUUUCAAGGGAACGCAUUAGUGUAACACAGCUGAGUUGGAGCUGCUGAUCAUACGCUGUCGAUGAGGGGCGGGGUGGUGAAUGACCGCAAAACUGUAGCAACAAAAUCGUGAGUCUCUGUAGGACACUAAACAGAGUGACUAUAUGUGACUAUCAUGCAACAGUAAGAUUGCUGUUUGGAUUAUGAAGGGUGUAUGAUAAUUUUCCCAUAAAUACGAUAAUUUAGAUUCUCUGGUAUCAUAAUUCUACAUUUCCAAUCCGGCAACACUGCCUUCACUUGAGUGAUCAACAAAUAAUCUGUUAUUUUUCUGUAUAAGCUAAAACACAGAUUCUCUUUGUACUACUGUGGAUCUCAGGGCAUCACAUCUUAAACUGUCUUACAUGAGUGAGUGCUCUUUUGUACUCGUUCGUGUGAUUUUUCCAACAUGUUAAAUACAAAUUGUUUUAUUUCUUUCAAUGUAGGUUGCUUUGUUGUGAGUUAAAAUACAUCCCUGGCCUAAAUCCCGGUUAGAUCACCACAUGGCUGCUGUCAUAUGUCUCAUGGGUUGUUUCAUUAUUCAGUGUCUGUGGAGGAUUUAUCUCUGAAUGACAUCAUCACUCCAGUCAGCCUCUCUGCUGCUCGGCUUCAUAAACCAACACACAUUUUUUUCCACACUUUUUUUCGGACACAAAGCCCAGAUGCUCUCAUAGAUUUUUUUUUUUUUUAGAUAAGGUCAUCCUAUCUCUGUAAAAUCAGAUCUUGGUCCGGGAUAAAAAAUGAAUUCAAUAUCAGAUUUGGAGGUUUGCAUAGUCUCUUCAGAGGUCUUUGAGUGCUUUCUCAUUUUAUUUGAAUAUGGCCACAUCAAGUCCAAUCUAGACUAAAAACCAGGGAUAAACUUUGUUAUGGCCAGUGAGAGUGCUCAAUAGAGAGGGAAUUUAGAGCUGACAGAAGCACUUCACCUCCAAAUGCACUGAUUGAAAAUAUGCUGAACCUUUCUAUCCUUACUGGUUGUGUUUCAUAAGGUAAUUUGAAAUGGCCCUGUAACUUAAUAUAUCUAGCCAGCCCAUGCCCUUUAGUUCAGCGUCUUGCACUGCAUAGCUUUGCUGGCAGUUCUGUUUGCUUGGUAAGGACUUUAAUCUUCUUGUUUUCAGUUUUCCAGCAGCUGUUUUGUUUUGCCUUUUUUUUUCCUCAGGGUUGUCGACUAAUUCACUCUUCAUCACAAAAUGGUUUUCUGGUUAAAAUGUGGGCUUGGUUGGAGCAUCUGAGUGAAAGUCGUGAGGAUAAAUGACUCACCGGCACAUAACUGAUGCUGCUCUUUAGACAUACCCACAUUACAUAUUCAGAUAUUCACUUUGACAUUAAUCUACAAGGUUGACCUUUUCUAUUCAAAUUUGUCACGCAUGAUUAUCACUUAAUGCAAAACUCGCACAUAUUUGUUUCUAUUUAAAACUGAUGAAGUAUUAUUUUGCAGACCACAACUGCACAAAACCAGAGGCUGUAAAACAUUUAGAGUCAGUUGGUCAUAAUAAAAGCAUGGGUUUCCUAAAAAGAGUCGGGUCAGCUCCUUGUUGACAUUGUUCUAGUAUCAGACACAUGAAUAUGACAGCCGUAUCAGUGUUCCUAAAGUGUUUAGACAGGGCUGUCCCUUUCAGUUUCUCUUUUUCCUUGAAAGUGUGAUCUGCCUUUGUCAUGAUGUUUCUUUAAACCCUUUAGAAAACGCUUUGAAAAAGAAACAAGGCUAUCACCCUUAGCUUUCAUCCACUGGAAUCGAUCUGAAGUUGCUUGAUCUGUAUUUGAGAGGCCAAGCGGUGCUGUUGCUGAAGUCUUGACUUUUGCCUGGGGGUAUAUAACAUGUUACUCUAGACUCUGAACCAAGAGGUAGCAGAAACAUGUAGAAAUCCAGGUCACAUACAGGUGAAAGGGCAAUGUUGUGACAUUUCUUGAUCGAUUGAGUUUGACAGUUCUAAAUAAGUGAGUCAACUUUUGAACUGUUGUUUGAUUGCUGUCUCUUCCUCUGAGGUGACAGGAACCAAGGGAGCCCUGUGAGCAGUUCAGGCGGUGUGUAGCUAUCAUGUAGAGUCACUUUUCAUGUAGACAUCUAAAACAAAGAAAAUCCCCUCUGUACCAGUGAUGAGCAGCAACCUAACUUCCACAUCCAUGGCGUUUAAUAUGACAUGUUCCGCUUCUAUAAAUCUGUCAUUGUCAACAACAUCUCUCUGACCUGAAUCCAUCAUUGUUUGAGAAGUUCGACUCAAAAAUUCAUCAAACAUUCAGAGUUACUCCCUAGACAUUUUGUAAUACAUAAAUGACCUGUAACUUCAAAUAAUCAAUAUUGAAGCACUGACUAGUUGAGGCAUAAAGAGGGGGCAUUUUCCUCAUAUUCAGGAAAGUUUACACCUGCAUUUGUUUCCAAAAGGACACUGUGCUGCGUGAAGUGUGAAGGCCAACACCGCUGUUCCUGAAUUUACAGAGCACGCUUCACUCCCCUUGCCCACAUGAGAAACUUAUUUUUGUGCUUCCAUUGGCAAAAGUUGCAGAUGGUACCUGGAACCUAGACCAAGUUUUUUUUGGCAAGCUGAGUUGAUGUGUGAAAAUAUUUGGCCACCAACUGGUUAGGGGGAGUUAUCACUUGCUUUAAACCGGACAUCCUGCGUGCAGACUAAUCAGUGAUUUUGCUAAAUGUGACAAAUAUCCUUACUUUUAGAGCUUAGAUACUAAGAUACACAUCCAAAGGUGCGUAGUUCAUGUAAGGGAUGAUGUAUGGUAAGGGUUGGGGUCCAGACUCACCCUGAAGGGAUUCUGAUUUACAUGUGUAAAUUCGUCUCGUUACCUGGCGACCGCUUCAAGUCAUGAAUAAAAUUGAUUUUAAAUAUUGAUUUAAAAAUGAUUACUAUGCGUAUUAAAGUGGUAGCCUCUGUUGACCCAGGGUUGAUAGUGCUGCCAUGGCUGUGAUUCCAUCCUCUUAUCUGCUGUCUUGCUGCACAAACAGACAUCAAAUUACCAUUUCACUCAACAGACAGUGUGUUUAUUUAGAUAAACAUUUCAACAGGAGAUUAUGACAGAAAAGAUUAUGUUGGACUUCUAAGAAUAUACCCAGCCUGCUUAUUUGUUAUUAUUCUCAUAAACUUUCAUUGUUAAGUACAUUUGUUGAACUGAACAGGUCUUCCUCAAGAUUGUAAAUGUUGACUUUUGUCCUCACUCAGCUCCUCUUCUCAGAGUAUGCAUUUGACACACCGCUGAAAGUUAAUGAGGCGAAGGCCUGAGCUUUAAACGUUGUUGCUUUUAUUAAUACUGCCUAGAGAUGAAGUUUUAUUUUAGCAAAAUAAUAUACAUCUAUCUAUCCAUCUUUUCUGUAAUAAUACCAACUAUCUUUUCUGAUCUGUUUCCUCCACUGGUGUAUGAUUGUGAGUGUUGUGUUGUGGUGGUCGGAGAGGUCAUAGGCGCAAACUUGGCAGCCACGUUUCCAUCAGUCUGCCCCAGGGCAGCUGUGACUACUAAGGUACUUUACCACCACCAGGGUGUGACUGUUUGAGCGAAUGAAUGAUGUAUCCAAUGUAAAGCGCUUUGAGGGUCUCUGAUAAAGCACUAUAUGAAAUCUGAUGCAUUAUUAUUAUUAUUACUUUAUUGGGCAGAAUUAAAUUCAUAAAUGCUUUUAAAUCAAUAGGAUUUGAACUGAUACUCUUUAUCACAACUCCUAUUUACUCCUAUCACAACUUAUGAUAUUCAGAAAUAAUAUACCUAUAUGUCAUAGAUGUAAACCUGCAUAUAGGUAGAUGAUUGUGUUGUUAUUCACCCCAGUAUGUUUUGUUGAAUAUGGAUUGCGUAUUGAUUUUUCUGAAGUGUUGUUUUUUUCUGUCUGAUACACCUCAGUCAUAGAAAAUUGGGAUGAAUAAAAAAGUAAAUUGACGACAUAUUUCUUUUUGUUGCCUGCGAAACUGAAAAUAUGGAAUAGUAAUUUAUUUUAUUACAUGAGGAGUGUAUACCUUUUUUAUGAUUCCGAAUAACGUAGUGAGAACUGCUGAUGAUUUGUUCCAAUGUGUCCCCAUAAAUCAGUGAGGUGAUGCAUUUACCUCUCUUUAUGGCUUUAGCAUGUAAAUGAGCUCAAAUCGGUUUCGCACUCUGUGACUAAAUCAGGUCACAUUGGAAGGAGGGCAAAGCGGCUAAAAGAAAAAAAGUAAAGGAGAAAGAAUGAAAGAAAGAAAGCGUUCUCCGCAGUGCUUGGUGAAAGAGAAACCCAUUCAUAGCUGCAUUAAUCAUGGGUGGCACUGAAGAAUUGCUUUGAAGCGGCACCUAAAGAGAGAAAGACCAGAAGAGAGGCACUGAAACAGUUUUAUUCUCCAACUGAUUUGUCUGAGUGACCUCAGUCAGUGUUUCCCUCACAGGUGUAUUCUCUGUUGUAUUUCUCUGUAGGAUUUAAACUUAUGAUAAAUAUACCAAAUACUCAGUUUUCACAAAGUUAUUAUCAACUGUUCCCUAUGACUGAGUGUCUUUUUAUUUGCAUUAUAAAUAUUCCCUUGUAGGUUGAAAGUUACAGAGGCCCCAAGUGGACGUGGUUUAUUUAUUUAUUUUUUUCCCCUGUUUUCUCGAGAUCACAAGAUAGUUUUCAGGAAUUAAUUUUGCGGUGAAUUAGAACCGCAACAGCUUUAGCUUCAUUCAGUAUGAAUGCUUCAGUUUAUCACCAGCUUUUGUCCUGAACGGAGUGCUCCCCCGACUGAACAAGAGCGCUGGAAAGUCAAGAGAAUGGCGCCCAGUUUCACGAUUAAAGGUUCCUAUUACGAGCUAAAACUGCAACAGAGUUAUAAAAAGCUUGAAUGAAUGUAAAUAUUUCAUCGUUGAAAUUGAAUCACUGUAUAAAAAAAAAAAACACUGAAAUUCAUUGUCCAUAAUGUGUAGGUUUCUUGUUAAUUAAUUCAUAUUUGUAAAAUAAAUCACCCUUUGAUACUUUGAAAAGUCAGAGAACCAUAAUUUUGACCAGGUGGCGGCGCUCUCUGUGGCCUAAAAGGUCUCACCGUGCUGGGCAGGAGCUCUGGCGAAUACCUAGUCCCCCGCAAAAUUAAUUCGUGAUCUCGAGAAAAUGAACUCUUGUUUUCUUGAGAUCACGAGAAAAACUAUCUUGUGAUUAUGAGAGAUCUUGAGAAAACGGGGGUAAAAAAAGAAAUGAACCAUGUCCAUGCUUAGGGCUUCUGGAGAAAGAGACCUUACUUUGUUCUUUAGUAAAAUAGGGAUUAGACGUAAAACCAGAAAUAACCAGGAAUUUUAAUGACUGUUAAAUGUGUUUAUAUUUGUGGUGAAGCAGCAUAUGCCAGGUAACAGUGGCCAGUUAAAUUCAUAUCAUUGUGUACUUCCAAAUGACUCAAAGCUUAGACCCGAAUAUUUGUGGUCACUCAAUCUAGGGACCAAUCAGCAAUCAUUAUUUGCUUCUAGAAGCAGAUGCUAACUUUUAAUUUAUCUCAGUUUAGCCAACAGCAUCAGGCAACUCCCACCCAAGAUUGCCUACACAAUGUCGAGUUCAAGUUUACUACCUGGACUUGCAUGUUUAUAGAGAUAAAUAAAUGGUUACCACAAAUGAGAGAGAGGGUACCAUCACAAUGGUGUGUGUUCUGCCUGCUUUUGCUCUCAACACUGAGUGUUUUAUCUGCAUGGAUUAAAGCCUGACUGUCAAUACUGCUCUGACAAACGGAAAUCAGAACUCUUCCAGUGCUAAAAAUCCAGACCCGGGGGUGCGAACCAUAUUGUUCUAAAAAAUAUAUAAAAAUCAGUGUUCACUAAAUAAAAAAAUAAGUAAUCAACAUGUUUGGUGUCAGUCAGUCAUUAGGCAGAGCGGGUAUCCACUCAUCAAAUUAAAGGCUGCAAUAGGAGGAUAAGGAAAAUGAACUUUCUCAUACUUGAUUUGGUGUUUGUUAUUUUUCUAUUUAUCUGUUUAGACAGUUUUAAGUCUUUUAUGCACACCUUUGAAGCUAACCUUUGAUGUUUUAUGCUCAACUUACAGAACAGAUCUCGUCAUUCUGCAGACAUAAGGAUAACAGGGCAAUUUUAUUCAUUCUUAGCAUUAGUUUGGCUCUCUGCAGUUCUCAACAUUCAUUUUGCUUGAAGUUAGUGUUUUUGUGCAUGUCUGCAUAUAUCUGGAAACAUUAGGUAGGAUAAAGCAAAUCCUCCAGGAACUAAAACUUCAUUGAAGAAAAACAUCUGUUCAUUAUGGAUCUAUUUGGAAAACCGAGAGUUUCUGAAGAACUAACCUUGGUGCACAGUUGGAAUUGAUAAAAGGUUUUUGUGCAUGUGUAGUUUUAGCAGUGUGUGUAUGCAUGGCCUACAUUUACCCAUUUUACCCAUCCUACUGCUGUUUCCUGGGUCAUGAGAUGACUCUCUCAGUGUACUGUCACUCGUGUUAUUACUUAUGCUCAAGAUGCAUUCACAGAGCUAGCUCAUUAGCUAGCACAUUUGCUUGAGGAGCAGCAUGAUAUUAGCAUAUAGAUGUGCAGAGAGCAUCACCUGCUGCUGUUAUUGCUGGGCUACACAGACAGAUUCACAUCUGGUAAAUUUCUCCUCUCGACAGAUUGCUGCAAUUCAAAGAAACAAAGUCAUCUAUAGACAGAAAGGCAAAUGUAUCUCAUAUAAAAUGCAGAGUGCUGUUGUUAUUGAAGCAUGGCAAAUGUGAAUGAGGCUGGAAUCUUGAAUUGCUCUGGGGUUCCAGCCUUUGACGCGUUAUUACCCUAUAGGCAGACAAGUUUGUUGACUGACAGCGCAGAUGAUUGUUCAUCAUUUGUGUGAUAAAGUUGAUGAGGAAACACCAGAUGGUUGUUUUAUUUAUGGUGUGAGCUGUACCAGAGGGUGGCGAUUAAGUCUAUAGCUUUCAUGUCAGCACGUUUGUAUCAGCGAGUUUGUUUGUUUUUUUAAUCAGGGAACUUGAUCCUUGAAGAAUGGAUUACUAAAUACUUGUCAAACCAGAUUUGUAUGUUUAUUUGAUUAGAAAGAUGCAUUUUUAGGUUAUAGAUCAGACGUCUAUAUGAUAUAUUCUAAGCAAAAAAAUGUAUUCUUGCUGGUUGCUGUUGCUUUAAAAGCUGUGAGUUGGGUUAGUUACUCUUUCCAAAUUGAGUAAAAAAUAUUAAAGCUGCGGGCGCCAGUUUGGCUCAAAGAGCAAAGACAUACAGAGGCUGCGGUCCUCACCACACUGGCCAUAUGAUUGAUUUCUGGUCCAGACAAGAUUUGAUAGAUGUCAUUCUCACACUCUCUUCACAUUUUCCGUCUUCCUCAAGCUGUCUCAUAAAACAAAGGAAAUAAAAAUGAAUCAUUUACGUCACAAAAAUCUGUUUGUUAUAGAGCGAUGCCAUUUCAUUUGAUGUGGCCUCAGAUAUCUGUGCCUCCACACCGAAUGCUUCCUCACUGCAGCACAUUAGAAUUAACCUUCUGGAGAAAAGGUUGACUGCUAUAUCAGGCUGAUACUGACAUGCAGUCACCGCUCUGUGCUGUCUGCUGUGAAGGUUGCAGGAGAAAAAAGCAACACCUCAGAACCUCUCAAACACAUCAAAGACCAAACACAGCAGGCACUUUCAUACCUCUGUCCUAAAUUUGUGGCUUUGUUCUGCUGUGUUGUAUGUAGGCCACCUUCCUAUUCCUGUUACAGUGCAACAGGAAAGAUCAUAUAACACUUAAGCACUGUCAGAAAGCCGCUUUAGAGGAUGUUCCUUCUAUUUGGGUCUGUUGUGUUGUUUUCUUUUCUCUGCAUUUGAGGUAUGAUGUAACAAUAUAUUAGUUUAGUUCAAGGGCAAUGUCUAUAAUAGAUUAAAAAAAAAAACUAUUAAGGUCAAACUUAGAUGUAGUAUAUUUUCCACUAGGUGUGUCAAUCUCUUCCUAUUUAAUCUCCUUAAUUACUUUCCAACAGACAAAAGACUCAGCUUUCUCAACAAACUGAAGAAAUCAAAUUCUUCUUGUUCUUUUUUGACUUGGUUCCUAAUUUGAGAAAAGUUUCUGUCACUUGGUUUUAAAGCAGACUGCUUGGUGUCUUGUGAUUCUAAUUAAACAUGUAGAACAUGUCACAAAGCUAAGAUGUUUACAUGUUUUUGUGCUGCUGUUUGCUAGCAUCAUAGUCAAAGCCAAGUCAAAGUUUAUUUCUAGAGCACAUUUAAAAACAACCUCGGUUGACCAAAGUACAAAAGCAGUAAUGAAUUAAAAAUAAACACAAUAUUAGUACAGGCCUAGGGGGCUUAAUGGGUGAAAUUAGUCUUGUAGCCAAUGUACAUAGUGUUUUCUACGAAACAUAGAGACAGGUUGACUUUUGAAAAGUUUCCUGUUCUUCAUAUUAAGUCCACAUGCCUUGGUUUUUGAGUUGGAGACUGCAUGGCCCUUCAUGGAUAUUGGAUGUUGUCAAGAUCAGUGUUUGAAGCUUUGCAAUAGCACAGCAGGAGUUCAACCAGCCGGUUCACAGCUUUGAAACUGGGCUGUCAACCAGCUUAUGAUAUAUUUACAAAUCCAGGAUAACACAGAUCAGUGCCUUUGGAUCUUUAAUGCCAGUAGUUUUCAUCUGUUUUAUUGAUCAGUUAGGUAUUAAGUAAAUUUGGAGAGAUUUUAAAAGUACGACCAAAAUGGAUUUCAUGCUUUCUCACCGACCCUCCACUGAAAAUCAGUAGUGACUAUGUAUAUCCUGGCAUGGUUGGAGAUAUGAGUAUGUCAUUAAGACUGCAGUGAAUACAAUGGCUUUUCACUGUAAAGCCCUGCUAUCCGAUCGCUAGUUAUGAUACAGGACACAGUUUCAUAUUUGAUUUGUUGUGAUAUUGGUAUUAAAAUUCUUUUAAAUACUCUGUUCCUUUUUUUCUGUCAUGUUAAAGGGAGAAUGCAACACAAAACUGACGCUAUUAUGCUCAAUGACGAGAGAAAGAUGAGAAAAGUUGGUUCUCCAUGAAAGACUCGAGCACCCUUUUAGAAGCUGUGCACUUAUAUGUCGUCAAAUCGAUGAUGCAUGAUGGUUUUAUCUGUUGAAAGGUUAAAGGUAAAAAGUAGUGGUGUUUUUAAAUUUCUGUAUAGUGUAAGAGUUAUGGAAAUCACUUUAGGAGUUAAAGGGGAGUUAUAUUAGUAAGAUUCAUAAAUAUCCAUGUUGAUCAGGGAAUAUGUAUUCAGGGUUACCCAGCAUGAACCUCAGUGAUCUAAUUUCAGAAAAAAACACAGAACAAGACCUCAUAUUUUAUUUUUGAUUUAAGUACACUUAAUCAAUAAUGCUUGACAAAUCCUAGCAUCUUUUGAUGACAUUUAAACUACCUAACAAUGAAAUCACAAAUUUGGGGUAGGCCAUGUUAAUAUCUUUAAUUUUGUUCAUGUGGACAUAGUAUUAAAAUGUUUGCAGAAACGGUGCUUUAAGGGGAUUUCUCCCACCUCAUGAGUCAGGUUCAUGAGGCAUUUCAAAGGUCGGAGUAAAGGUUUUAUACUUUGACAAUAAGCUCAGAGACAGUCUGUGGAUUUGGUGAUCCAUGCUGAUAUUGGACCACUCUGAACUGACUUCUUAGCCUCGGGUAAGCAGAGGUUAGUCGUGGAAUAGUAAUUGAAGAAUAAACCGAGGUGCACUGAACUUGAAAUGGCAGAAUAAGUUUUUUCAGCUGUUAGCAAUCAGACCUAUCUUCACUCUGUUUUCUUUCUCUUUUACUCUUAAAUCUAAACAUCACCCAGAGUAAAGCUGCAGGUAAGGAUAUCCCAUCUGGACUGUUUACCACCUGCAGCUUGUUUAUCUCUGCUGAGUCUUUGGGCUGUCUCAUUUCAUCUUCUGUUCCAUCUCUGGGUGCCUUAGGUCUGUAAUUCAGAAAAGGGAGUUUAGUUAUUGCACUGGGACAGGAGGUCAAGACAGCAAGGCAGUGAGCAACCUUGUAAAAAUGUUGACAGGGUGUAAAAUGCCAGAGAACAGCUUAUGCAGGGUUUUACAGUGAACGGGCUACUGUAAGCCUCCACUUGUCAUGGCAGAGGAGGGUGGGAGGACGGAGAUCAAUGUCCAUAGAUUUCCUGCAGGAGGAGUGUCGGUGUGUGCACAAGUGUGUUGUGUAUCUGUCACUUUGGUUUAUGUGUAUUUGCUUGUGUGCACUUGGACACUACUGAUGUCUGCAGAUGAUUUCUAUCAAAACGCCUUUUUUUGUUUCAGGAUCAGUUCUUAUUGCAUCACAUCAAACCCCCUCCGAGACCGAGCCAGAGUUGUAUUUUACAACUUUGAAACAUGUCAAAUAAUUUUGUCAGACAAGGAUGUUCAACAUCAUUCUCCAUCGUCUUCUAUUUCUAUUUUUCUAUUUUUUUCUAUUUUAUUUGUCCUGAACAAAAAAAUAAACACCAAUACAUCAGCAACAAUAAUAAAAUACAGCCAUAAUUGUUCAAGAAGGGACAGGAAGAAGCAAAUGCUUAUCUUGUCCGGCCCCCUUCUUACCAUGUCAUAUAACUACGUUGUGAUGAUAAUAACAGUGAUAACAAUACAAACACAAAUACAUAUAUAUAUAUAGAAAUCAUGUCAAUAAAAAGUAAUCAGAAAACAAGUGAGUUGCUAAUAAACAUAUUUAAAAGGCAUUAUGCACAAUAGAGAGUAAUUAAGAAAGACAAUAAAUGAUCAUAUUUAUAAAAUCAAAUUUUAAUAAUUUUGUACAAGCAGCUGCUUAUAACAACGUUUAAACAGCCUGAUAUUCUUACAGGCCUUGACAUUUUCAUCCAGGUUGUUCCAAAGUGUUACACCAUAAACUGAAAUGCACAUCUUUUUCAAGGUCGGGGGUGUAGUGGUGGAGCAGGUCUGUGAUGUAGGUGGGGGCCAGGUUGUGAAGUGCUUUGUGGGUGAGCAGGAGGAUUUUUGAAUUGUAUGCGGUGAGAGAUGUUCAAAUGUUGAAAUGUUCAGUCUUUUUCUGAUAUCGUUUGUCUUUUAUUCAUCAGUUAUUUUGCCCCAUUAGUUUGGGUUACAUACCUCAAUAGCAUGCCUCUUAAAUACCGUUAGUACAGUUAGUCUACAUAUUUCUAUAAGAUUGUUAACAUGUUCAGAAAUGUCACGUAUUUUGAUAGUAAAGACAUGCUGCUGGUAAUGAGGCCAAACACUGACCUGAUAUACCUUCAGUACCAUCCUUCUAAAUCUCUUAUUUUUCCUUUUGGGUCAGUCAUAAUUGUGGUCUGUCUGGUCCCAAACACCGUAUAGCUGCAGUGUGCUGCAGUAUGAGCUGGCCCUGUGGGACCAAUUCAAGCCUCAGGGCUUUAUCCAGGAAGGGAGAGCUGUGGUGAGCUAUGGCAGCGGUGAGAUGGGAGAAAUACUGUCAUCGUGACAAAUUAAAAAAAGUUGGUGUGUAAUGUAUUUCUCAUAACUCACAGACACUCUGGACAAAAAUUCAGUGUUCUGAGACUGAGCCGCAAUCGGAAACUUGACCAUAUGCUGCUAAAACAGCUCUUGUUUAUAUUUUACAUGGUGAAGACUGAGAGUGGAUGACUUUAGCUAGAGUCCGGUGAGAAUUUUAAUUGAAAAACACAACCUAUAAAUGUUCUUGGCAGAGUAUUGCAUGGUUAUACUGGAUUGCCAAGAUUUUUAAGAGCACUUUGUGAAUGACACCAGAAGCUACCACCUCAGUAUAACUCUGCAUGAUGCCAGAUAUUAUAAUCAAGAAAGAUGUUUUCAAUAGUGUUGACACAUCUUACGUAACACAAUUCAAAAACACACCAAUGACAGGAUUUUAGUUUGUGACACCUCAGGUUAUGGGGUUUUUAAUUCAUCCCAUGAUAGGGCAGACUAAGAAGAUGCUCUCACAAACCCAGAAACUUCUUUCUAACCUUACAUCACUAAUAGCUUAUUAAAAAAGUGUGUGUUUGCCAUCAGAAACCAUUAAAUUCAGGCUCUCUGUAGCUUGCAAAUGAUGCUGUUUUCUUGUUUUGAGCUUCUGAGUUGCCAAAAACUCAGAAAUCCCCAUUUACCACUUUUUAUUUGGAUGGACUGCUUUUAAGGCGGGGUCAGUUUUGCAAAGAGAAAGGGAUGCAUGACUGCUCUUAUCCAUUGCAUGUUGCCAUAGUGAUGGUUGCCACAGUGGUUAUAUAAAAAAUACAUCAAACUGAACAUUUUGCUGUUUAAUCCAUUGAUCUUUGAGGAAAAUUCGAGGAUCUGUACUCUUUAAAAUACCCACUUCUCACAGAAAAACUCAGUCGGAGCAGUCUGUGAUACAGAGACACUCGAGACAUGGAAAGCAGGAGCACAACCCAGGUUUUCACAAUGGAGGAGCACAAAGAGAAAUCAAGAACCAAGGGCAAAAACAGCUUAAAGAAGAGCCUCAAUGCAGCAAGAGAGAAACCUUCCCUGAAGAUCGGUUCUUGGGAUUGAAGCAUUUCAACUCAAGGAGAGAAGUAUCAAGGAUUAUGCAGACAGAAAGGUCAGUGUAGAGGAAAGCCACUUUAGCAGAAGGGAAGCAGAGAUUCAGCCCAGGUACCAGAUCAUCCAGAGGAGAACAGGUGCUGCACAGUGGAGCGCUGCACCCACAGGUGCUGCACAACAAGCUGCUGCAACCAUAGGGGUGCAGCAGCAGGCGCCAGCACCUACAAGUGUUAAACAGCAGCCUCCUGCAAAAGUGGAUGCUCCAAAGUGCCCUCCUUCUUCUUCUCCACCACAACAACAAAGAUAACAAACGACAGCCUCAGGUUCAACACAACACACUUGUGGAGCAGAUGAAAUGAUAAGAGGCCCUGAUGUGGAAAAGAAAGAAAGGUCUGGGGAGCGCUGGUUCAAAUCCUGGCUGGAGUCUCUCUGUGUGGAGUUUGUGUGUUAUCCCCGUGCAUGUGUGGGUUUCCUCCAAAGUCCAGAUACAUGUCGGAUAGGUGAAUCAGUCUCUCUAAAAUGAACCCCAUAGGUGUUCACAAGUUUUUUAAAAAAGUAUUUAAAAAAAGAGUUUCUGUAACAUCCAACACUUUAACAACAUUAAAACACUGGAAAUAAGUAAAUGACAAGUAUUUACAAAGGUUUCUCUGGUUCUCUGAAAUUGAACAGUUUCUCGACAACAACGGUUUAUUUUUGUUUAGUAAAUACAUCCAGUUUUCCUUUUUUGAAAAAUGAUCCUGUUUCUUUAAUCUAUCAAGUAAAAAAAUCCUGUACACAUACUGAUGAUAUAGCAGUACCUUGUUUUACAGUCCCCUCAGGCGAGCAGAUUCUGCUGAAGUAUUACAGAGACUUUUAAUUUAGAUUACCUUAUCGGUUGCUGAUACUUGGGUUUUGAUCGGAGGAUUUCUCUCCACAAAGACCAGUUUUCUCAUCAAGGACUUCAGUGAUGAACAGUGAUGGAUCUUUUUUGACAAGUCUGAGUGCUGCUCUGACUUUAGUGAAGCACCGCACAGCUCAUAAAAAAAGAUAACAGUUGACAGGAUCACUGACGGUAACGAAAAACAAUUUUAAAAAGUAAGCGACUCAGGAAAUAUAAUGGCAUCACAAUGUAGUGUUUUAAUUAUAUGUUACUUUUAAAAUAGAUGUUUUUUCCUCUUUUAUUUGUGUUAAAUAUUAAUAUCACCAUCAUUUCAAGAAAUAUUUAAUCAACAGCAAAAAUCUGUCUGUACAGUCAUUUAUUUUCCUGCUAUGGUGUGACGCUGCAACCCUGUCAAUGAAAUAUAGCUGCAUUUGACAUCCGACACCUGCCGUUUCUACCCUCUCCUGAUUUCACCACCUACCUCCCCUGGCUAUCGUCAAAGACCUCUCAUAUCAAACACCAACAGUGUGUGUAUGCUGCUGCUGCUGCUGUGAUACCUGUUUGAUCUGAUCCUUCUGCUGAGAGGACAGCAACUUGAGGCUGUCGCAGGGGGCUCAGGACAUAAGGACAGGAUGCGACAUGUGGCCCUGGCUUAGUGGCAGAUGGUGAAGCGCUGCAGUAAGGGUUUGGGCGAAUAUGGCUGAGCUUAUAUCCCUGUCCCGCCGCAGGGUUUCUAUUACUUCUGUCCUAAAUCUCGCUAUACGUACCUCUCAUUCUGCUGUUGCCAUGUCUCUGUUGAAGUCUGUCCUACAUGUUUGGUCUUGAUAAUUUGAAUUAAAUGCUGUGCAUAUUGGGUGAUAACUUCCAGACUCCACAUUUUUUAUUAGUCUGGUUUCUAACUCUUUCCCCCUCCCAUUAGAUUAUAUGAAAUAUUACCAAAAAUAUGGCACAACUUGUGACAUUUCUGUGUAUCUAAUAGAGAUGCACUGAUCCAUUUUUUCCGAUAUCGAUACCUGGGCUGAGCGUAUAGUUCGAUAUCCGAUACUGAUCUAAUACUACUGUUGAAUGAAUACACCGUAUACCUUCCCUGUGAGUGAAGGCAUCAGGUUUGACAUUAGCCUUGUUGAAAAAAGGUGACAAAUUAACACAGAUGUAAAUUAACUUAAUAUUAUUUAUUAACAAAUGACAAAUUUCAUAUUAGCACACAGCAAAAAGAAGUAAGACUUCCAUGUAAACAUAGUGCAAAAGGAUAGACAGACAUAGAAUGCCGAUAUCCGAUCCAAAUAUCGGUGCAUCCCUAGUAUCUAAUAUUGAUAGGAGUCAGGGCAGUCUUUACAGGAUUUGGGAGGCUGUUUUCCCCUCUCUCACAGUGCGGUUGCCAAGACCUUUAUUGUUAAAUUUGUAUCCUUACGCAGGAGUAAAACAACAGCUACCUACAAUGUCACUGUGUUUUGAAUUUUCCUCACAGUCCUCAUCCGUAACCCGAAACACCUGAACACAAAUCAACAAUUCUCAGUGCGGUAACCUGUCUGAAUUUUAAAGAGGUCGUCACACUGAUGCUUGAGUUCAAGUCCUCACCACGGCCUCUUGUACCUGCUGCACAUCCAGGCAGAAGAAACUCAGUCUUCCUGCUGAACUGUGUGCGUCUUUCAUGCGGGUUGUCAGUUUGAUGCUCAGUUUGACGUACUCUUUCCUUUUUGUUUUUUAGGUCACUGCCUGGAGCAAACAGUAGAGCUGCUCUGUCUACCUUCAGAUAUCAGUAAGUUUGCUUCACAUUGCCGUUGCAUGUUAUUACAGUUCAUCAGUGCAAAGAAAAUAUGUGUGUCUGUGGGGUGACACAUACAAAGCGGUCAUGUUUUCUGAUAUUGUGAAGAAAAACAAACUAUGGUUAAUGACCACUCUCCUGUGUUGUGAGUUUGUUUUAUACUGGUUCAAACAAAGCUGAUGCUCUAGGUCCUGGACUGGAGUUAAGCUGUUCUGAUACAGAAACAAACAGGCAAAUAAGAAGAUAAGGGGGAAAAAUGAGCUCCCAAAGUUUGAAAAAUGUUCGAGGAAGAUGUUCAGAAAUUUUUGUUUAAAAGGCUAGGUAAGACUUCCCUGAUGUGUACUCCUUUCUGAUACUAUCUAAUUUAUCGAUAAGGGUUUUGUAUUGUUUUAUAGCAAACAGUUUCGAAAACAAGCAUCCAAAUUUUUUUGCAACUUUGUGUGUAUUUGAAGCUUGCACAGUAGUUUACAGAUCAUACCUCUCGUGCUUCUUCAGUACCAAAAUGCAUUUGGAAAUAACACCCUGGGGCAUCAAUAAUUUCAAUGGAAAAAUGAAAAAGCAGAGCGGCUGUAGGUGUUGAUAACAGCACUGCGACUGAGUCUCAAAACUGACCAACUCACACACUUCAGCCAGUAUCACAAAACAAAAAAGGAGCCAGCCCCAAUUUAGGAUUACAAAAUGGUGAUAGGAAGUGUUCUGUUUUUUAAAGAUAUUUUUUUAGGUGUCAAGCCUGUUGUACGAUGUAAUUUAUUUGAUUUUAAUUUAAGUUACUCUUUAUAAGGGAAAAUGAGAUAUGGGCAUGAGUUCUAUGUACAUAAACUUUGCAAUUAGAUAAAAUAAAAAAUAAAUAAUUUUUGCUAAAGAGGAAAAAGUCCAUGAAUUAUAAUUACUGUUCCUGAGAAAUGGACAGAAAAAGACCACACGGGCAAUAUGCCAUGUUUGGUAUUAUUGGAGACAGUUGCUAUCAGACUUUGUUUCAUGCUAGUUUUGUUGGUUGUCCGACGUGUAAAUAUUUUAGAGCAAUCCCAUAAAGUUCAAGUUGUUAAAAUCAAAGACUGUUUAUUGAAUAGAUGCCGUCUGCCUCCUCGCUGGGUGAAGCCAAUCCGAGAACAGCACCCUCUGGUGGCAGGCUGCAGUAUAGGUCAUAAAUCCCGCCUCCUCCAGCAAUCCCUAUGGAGUUUUGGACAAACUUUAGAAAUUUAUCACACAGAAGAUAAAUUUUUCUCCCCCCCUGCUUGCGAUGAUGACAUGUAGUUACUGUAAGACUGGUUUGUGCUCAAGUCCUCUUUUUUCUGUACAACUCCAUUUUUAAGAGUUAUUAGGGGUUCAUGUUUUUAUGAUUGACACCUGAUACAGCCUAUGGGCGUAUGAAGAUUGCAUAGCUCACCAGGGGGAUACGCUGUUUGAGCCGAGCGUCAUCACAGCGACUCUCAGCAACUCUCCUGCUGAAUGCGUACAAUGCUACUGGGCUAUUGGUGAAUUGCGUACAACACUACUACGCAAUGUUGGUAUCAGGAAAUGGAGGAAAAAACGCAGAAUAAUCAAGAGCUUUUCAGCUUCAAAUUCGUAUACUAGUGGAAGGCAGAACCAAGUUGUCCAUUGUAAAUAAAGUCUAUGGUUAAGACGUAUGAUUGCAGCAAAGGAGUUCGAAGCCAGGAUGGAGAAAAAUGGCGGGGAAAAUGAGGAGGCAGGCAGUUUGUUGGCUCAUUAGGGAAGGAGAGCAACAUGGGAAAUUCCCACUGAAGACAUGUCAUACAGGAAAUGAGAGAAAAGGAUAAAAAAAAAGAAAGAAACAACAGUUGGGCAAUCCAUAGUGUUGUGAGCUUCCCAACACUGCCUCCCCUCAUCAUUUAUUAAUACUCUGCUUGAAUAUUCAUCCACCCUGGUACGGCUCCAUCUUCCUAGAGAGAGAGAGAGAGGAAUUAAUAGAGUAUUGUAUCAUCCUGACACUCAACAGUGUAUCACAGCCACUGUUAUUGUAGUCACCCGAAUAUCAUCCAUCAUCAACCAGCUCCAUCCAUCCAUUCCACAUGUCUGUUCUUAUUAUGUUCACUAGAGAUGUUGAAAUCACCCACUUGAAAAGGCAAAAGGCAGGGCCGGGCUAAUUGUUCAGGGUUUUCAGACUGUGACCCACAAUGCACUAUGAAAGGAGCUGUAACCUCACAACCAUAACUCACACUUUGGUUGGUCUGCAAUCAGCCUUAAAAUAGGUCUCCAUCCUUCUGCAUGUCACUGAUAUGGGAAAUCCACGGCUGUUUCGAUUCAUUGAAAGAAUUUCAGCGCUAGACUAGUUUUGGGAGAUUGCUGCAUUUAAAUUUUGAGUCAUCCGCAGCGCAGCGCAGUGAUGUGCUCUCAGUCUGCCAGCUGCUACGCUUUACUUAUUUUGAUUAAAUCCUUUGAAGAUGGAGGCAAGGACAAAGAGUCUGGCAAUCCUGUAACUUGUUAUAAAUCAUCAAAAGCCAGCGCAGCUCAGUGAAUGUGUGCAUUGGCUCCAUAAUGCCACGCUGAGACUGAACUGAUAUCUAACCUCAAAGUCAUGAGAUAAUUUGAAGCACGGCUAUGAAGUUGUACACAUUAGCUAUCACAAAUGCUCUUAACUGUGCGAUGAAUCAUUUCUAGUUUCCCUCACGUCUUCUUUAUUCUGCUCUCUGGUGAGAUCGCAAUUAUCUGAAAGCAUAAAAGAACCCACGGUUUAUACUUUCUGCAUAAAUGCUCAAUGGGAGUCCCUGUCUGCAUGAUAAUGCGGCGCGGAAUUUCAAUUGCUUGAUACAAUUAAGCCAAAUUUGCCAACUCACUGGCACAAAACAUGAGCUUUCUACACAUCCUCUGAAAAGUCUGUGAGCAAAAACAGUAAAAAUCUGAAUUUUCCACUGAGUCAAUGUCUCAUGCCUCCGCUCCCACCAAAGAGAAGUAUUUUGGCAGUGCAUAUUUGUAGGAGGAAGGGGGACAACAAAAAACCACAAGACUUCAGCUGUUAUGUAAAGCAUAAAAAGACUUAGCCAUUUCACACCAAGAGUCUAUUGCAUGAAGGUUGCAACCACGGACGCAAUUUGUGGGGGGGACACGGUGGACAUGCCCCCCACUUUUUCAAAAGCCUGUUUUGGUCCCCUGCAGUUUUAACCGUCUGAAAACAAUGUUACUUUUCUUUAUAACAAACAGAUACACAUCAGGCACUAGGACCAAACGGCCACUUAAGCCGAAAACUGGUUUCCCUUGGUUUGGACCGCCCACAGGGUCCUUGACUGGCUAUCCCUGCUGUCAGGGAAACAUUGCUAUUCGCCCAUUGGCUAUUCACCGAUGUAAGUUUACAGGAGGGCGGCGUUCAUUUUCGUUCCGUAAAGUCACAUUCAUCAGAGGUUUCGUUUACGUCCCUGUAUCGAGUUUGUACUUCCAUCCACCAGCUGUCCUCUGUUACUGUGGGUGCGAGAUGUGCUGUUUGCUGGGUUACAUGUAAAGGUGGGAACUGAAUUCUGAAAUAAAUAAAGAAAUCUGAACAUUGACGUUUGAAUCGCAUGUCACAUCAGUGCUCAAGUCACGUGUGUCCCCUCCCACCUUUCCAAAUCAAAAUUUCGUCCAUGGUAGCAACUGUUUGCUUUGGCGCAUUGUCAGCAUAUCGCUUUAAUGAGGCAGCAGUCAUACCUCUGUCCAUAAACACUGCGUAUAAAAUCACUUGGGCACUAUUUUCACGCUAUUUAAGGAGUAUGUUUUUCAGAUAUCAGUGCACACUCAUAAGAAAACAUCUCUAAAAAUUUUAUUACAUGUAGUUCAUUAGCAUCGCAGAAACUCUGAGGAAAAAACAGAGGAUCAGGACAAGCCCACCACGACUUCCUCCCACACCUGUUUCACCCUCAGGAGCUACAGCGGAUCCCUGCUGGUUCUGUUAAAGUUUGUUUGUGCGCUUUAACUUCAUGCAUGAGCAGACCAAUGCCAGGUGUGGAUCACUCUUGUGUCAAAGGCUGAGCGAGGAUGAAUCUGUGACUGCUUUUGAUUGACAGACAAAAAACAACCCUAAUUUCUCGUGUUACUCCAGCUAAACUGGCGGAAGAGGGGUUGUCUAUACCUAUGUUUGCAGUUUUGCCUCACAGUAAAGUUUGUAUAUAUAGGCCCUUAAGACUUCUAUAUAAUAUGAGAGGAUAAAGCUAUAAAAAGGACACACAUUGACUGUAUGAGCCAUUUUAUCUAUAUUGUUUUGGGGUUUUGUUUUGUCACUCGCACAACCGCCACAAGGGCCACUUCAGGUGCAUGAGCAGGUAAAUGCUACAAAGGGACACAGGUGAGGCAGUGAUCCUGGGAACGGGAAGAGCACACAGUUCUUACCGCUAAUCUCUGACACCACUCUCACCUUCAUCACACACAUCACCAUCAUAGUAAGUUGGACGUAUCUGUCUCUUUUUUUAUUUGUUUUUUAUCAAAUCAAUUAAUGGUAAAAAGCUAACGCAACAACAACCUUGGAUUGGUCAUUGGAUUGUACAAGAGGCGCGUCAAAAACACCUCACUCCCGCACCCAGAUGGUGGCUAAAAUUCAGGACAGCAUAGUCACUACAUGGACCAAUAGUAUAAAUUGACUUCUACUUUAAGUUUAAUUUUCACUGGAGUAUAAGGAAAUAAUUAUCCUCUCCUCCAGAGAACUCUAGUACACUGAUGCUUCCUCAUAGACGCCUCAGCAGGUGUAACUUCAGUUGAAGUGCAGAUUUCUUUCAUCCACAAGCCCCCUUUAUAGACUUAACUCAUGAAAGGUCCAGUGGAGUUUCAGAGCAGAGCAGAGAGACACAGACUCAGAGUGAUGUGAUGUAAGGGGAUUCAAAUGAGAGCUGCAAUAAUCCAGAUUUCUGUCAUCAUGGGAUCAGUGCUGCUGUUGGCUCGGUUUGGUCAGCCAGCUCCGCUAAGCCGCAUCAGACCCUUCUCUCUCCCUGCUGUCUCUUAUGAUCCCUGGCUGCAUCCUGGGGGAAAGAGAAAUUAGUACUCAGACCUUCGCAGUGAAAUGACUCAGGCCAUGUAUCUACAAGCUGUCAUCAUUGUCAUUGAUUUGUUUCUCCUUAGAUCUGACCUUCUGAUACAAGAGAUAAAGACAUGACAGCUCCCUCAAUGAGUCAUUUGUACUGUACUGAUGGAACAUAAACAUCCUCAGAGAAAAUAUGAUCCUGCGUUUACACUUUAAGCCACAAUUGCCCCUUUUCUAAAGGGAAUCAUUCUGGAUAAAAUUAUAUACUCACUUAUAACAUUUGGAGGAAUUUCUAUGCAUCUGUUAAUUUUUGUGCACUGAGCUUGGUGUAAACAACUUAAAAACUUAAGAGUGUGUGAAAGGGAAGUUUCUACAACAUAUCAUUAGAUUCCCAUUUAUGAUGGAGCGAAACGCACACUCACAUUUAUGCAUACACACACACAGACAAGGAGGAUUUAAAGUAUAGAUUCAGGCCUUUAAAGAAGAGAUCCAGUGCAUGCAAACAUGCAAUAAAACUUAAGUGAUCCACUUCAGCGCUGUUAUGUUCACGAACCUAAUAUUAUUAUGUACAAAUGAGGGAUGCAAUUGACCUGAAAUAUUGUUUUAUCCAACAGUGUGACUUGUUGAAAUCCUGGUUUCCACUGACUAUAAUUCCUCAUAAUGUUUCGAUGUGAUAUAUCUCAUCAAUUUUGGAAGCCAGGUAGCAUGAAACCAUUAACGCCUUAUUGCUGCAAGGCAAGAAGCCAUCAUCAAAAUCUGCAGGUGUCCACAAGUGUGUUAGUGAUUUUCAUGUAUUGGCUUCAGAGCCAUUGGACCAAACUAUAGUUUUCCACAUACACCCAAAAUUCAUGAAUUUGACUUUUUGACUGCAACUCUGUUAGGAUUUUUGAUUAUGAUUUACACAAAGAUAGAAAAAUAAUCAACCUCUUCUCAAGAUAGCGGCCACAGUCCUACAGAUAUUCCAAGACUUAGACAGACAUUAUUCACAAUUUUCACUAGAGCAAUAAUCAGCAGGCAGAGAAAUAAACUGGCUGUUUUAUAAACGAUUGGAAUAAUUUGUGGCCUGAUUUGCAAGUCCUCAUUAGCUUACAUAUUCAAACAUUAAAAACCAUCUUCAUUUUUAGCCUGGAUGGUCUUCUAAUGAUUGCAAUUUAUCUGUGAUAAAGUUAAAACCAAAAGAAGUCAUGAUUUCACCCUCAUUUAGCUCUUUAGUAGCAGAUAAAACAAUAGGCAGCUGCUGUGUUUUUUUUCCUUUUCCCUUUUCUUGUUUUAAAUGGUUUCUCAAAAAAAGAUCAGCCUUUAAUUAUUCUUAAAUGUCAUCUGAAUGUUUUAUGACUUUAGCCUUUCAAAGGCAGUGGUCAGCCUUGAUAGUUAAUGGUCUGUAAAUGGCAUGAAAUCCUUACUCCCUACAGGGGCUUAUAAGAUCUUGUGUUGUGAUUAAGUUUGAUAUAGUAAGGUCACGUUCACACCAGCCUUGUUUAGUCCAGUUGAACUGAACCCUGGAGCUCGUUUCGGUUGGUGUGAACGCUGGCCUCGUCAACCGCUCUCGGGUCCGCCUGGUAGGAGUGGUCUUGGACCGCUAUCAAGUAAACUCUAGAGUGAUUUACUUCUGGUGUGAACCCUAUCCACACCAAUCACAGGAAGCCUGGAAAAAAACAUCGAGGUAGGCUCUCAUUAUUGCCUGUUGUCCUCUGUGAUAUGGCCAUCUGAUUGCAGAGCGUCUCCUGCGAAGUGCGUGUGUUAAUACAUUAUUUAAUUGCUGCAGUCUUCCCAGCUAUUCAUGUGUGUGAUCCGUUAAAGUCUGCUGAUAUGCAGUCCAGAUCAGCACCAACAUUAAAAUGUGCAGACGAUGCUCCAUGAUGUACAGUAAAAAUUGCGUCUACUUGCCUAAACUGUAAAAGCAAUCACCGAACGGCUUUUGCUGCCACUUGAUAAUUUUCGGACCGUUUGAAUUUGGCCUUUGUGAACACGAAUUGGACCAGUUGAGAAAUUGCAACAAUCUAUCAUCAAAGUAUCAUCCUGGCUUUGGUUCGUAUCAGAAUGCGGACCUUUGGUGUGAACACGACCUUAGAUUCACUUAAGAUUUACUGUAGACUGUAUAUAGAAUGGACGCCAUCUGCCUCCUCGCUGGAUGAAGCCACCCAGAGAACAGCACCCUCUGGUGACGGGCUGCAGUAUAGCUCAUAAAUCCCAAAGGGGUUGAUGUUUUUUAUGAUUGACUCUUGAUACAGGCUAUGGGCGUACAAAGAUUGCGUAACUCACCUAAGGGAUACGCUAUUUGAGCCGAGCGUCAUCACAGCCAAUCUCCCACUGAAUGCGCACAAUGCUACUGCGCAAGUGGUGGAGUGCAUACAACGCUACUGUGCAAUGUUGGUUUCAGGAAAUUUUUCGGCUUCAAAUCCAAAUACUGGUGGAAGGCAGAGCCAAGUUGUCCACAGUAUAUACAGUCUAUGGGAUUUACAGGGGAAAAGAGUAAAGAGAGAGAAAUUGAUGAACCUCAAUAGAGACCAUAGUGAUCCAGUCCCCUCUUUGAUGCCAGUCGGCUCUGCCUUGACAUUCACUAUUCAAACCACAGCAUGAAGAGCAGAUGCAGUGUGAUGACGCCAAAUCCAAACUGAUACAUUUUCUCCCACCUUGUCUAGGUAUAGCACUGAACAGGAGCCAACCUCAUUACCAAACCCAGGCAUUGACUGUGUUCCUGCUUGGCACAGUUUCUACUGAGCCCUCUCCGCCAGAUUUCCCCAAAGAAAUCUAGGUUUAGCAAUUCACAAUCUUAAAAUAGCUUUGAAUCAUACAUUAUUACCUAGCAGGCUUGCCUUCUCUCUGUCAAACUGCAUUUGCUCCUGUGAUAUUGUCUUCUUGUUUUCUUCAUCCCUCCUCUUCUGAAAAGAUCCCCUAGCUCAUUAGCAUAGCUGUAUAGUUUGUAUAAAGAGACUCACAGAUGGUUUUUCUUUCACUCAAACGUAAAUGCACUUAAAAAGACAAAAACACGGAUGAUUAUACUGAACACAUGUUGUCAUGUUUGGAUUUACAACAUACAGAGCUGCCUUUGCAACAUGAGGAUAUGUUCUGUUUGCGUGGGGAGAGUGGCAGUGGGCAGAUUUCAAUCUUUCAGCUUAACUCAGUGUGUUUCCCUCGGGUUCAGUAAACCAUCAAAGAUGUGUGACACCACCUGAACCUGCCACUGCUUCAGUGGGAUUGAUGUGACAAUUUCACACAUGUACACACACACAUGCACAUGCACUUUGGCAGAGAAAUGCAACAAAAUAGAUCCACUGUGUCAACAGUUAGCCCUACUGAAGCACAAGUCCACACACACACACAUACAUUCAUGCACAUACAGUUGACAGUGCAACAUGGGCUGCACUGAUAAUCAAACCUGAGCCUCUUUGUGUCCAAUCUGUCUUUUGUUCUCAUCUGAAGUGGUGCAGCUCCUCUGUGAGGCCGAGCAGGCGCUGUUUGCGUGAUUAAUCCUCAGCCUGUCAGCUGGCCAGCAGUGAUACAGAAACCGAACAGAAAAAAUCUCACACAAAGCUUCGCAGUGCGUGCUCUCGUGGUCCAUUUCAGGACGCUUAGACGUGUGCAAGCUGGUCUUGCAAAUCGCAUCACUGCAAAGCAAAGCAAAGAAGACUCGGAUAUUCAACCGUACUGUAUUUCUCAAGGGCAAAAAGAACAUUAGAUCCAUGAACAUGAAAAAGCACGUUUUGUUUUCAAUUUAUGGUUAAUAACAGUCAACACUAUGGUCUGCUGUUUUCCAGGCAUUUUAGUCACAAAUGCAUUUAGUCUAGAUGUGUAUAUAUAGAUGUGGAAAAUGCAGGCUGAGGCUGAUGGAGUGUGCACGACUGUGCGUGUGUUUGUGAUGUGAAACCUGAUGAAUAUUUUCCUCCUGUUUUCCCUGAGGCCUUGCGUGAUUGACCGAACCCAGAAGUUAUUUCGUGUGCCUGCCACCAAACUGCAUUAACGGACCGGGCCUGAUACCACUCUGCCUGUCUGUCUCUCAACAAGAUAAGGGGAUAUUUCUCCACCCAAUAUUGCGUUGCGUUAUUCUGUGCUGUCAACUGAAUACAAUGACCAUCACUGAAUUCAAUGAAUAUUAUUAACAUCGUCUGAGGGUUCUGUCAAUGUGGAAGACAGCUCUGUGGGAGUGGAGGUACACGAUGUUUUUGCCAUGAUCUAAUGUCAGCUCUGACUCAUAUAGCUUUGUAUUGUCCGGUCUAAAUGCAAUUAUAGGCAGCUGUCAAACGUCCAUUACAGCCCGUCAUUGUCGGCAAAAUCACCUGGCUGAGUGGGCUCAAGCAGCUGCUGUUGUUUUGAUGUGAGAGGACCUGAAAGAGGCCAAGAGAGGAGAGGUCUCUGAGAAAUAGCUGCCGUUGAUUAAAAGUUGAAGAAGAAUGGGGAUUAGAGUGAGCUGUCUCUGCAGAGAGGUCAGAGAGGAGCAGGAUUGUAGAGGACCUCUAACUGAGGAGUCAGGUGGACCAUUGUGCCAACCUUUGGGCAGUUCUCACCUCCAUUUCUCCAGAGUUAAGUGACUAUUUAGGAGGGAGCAGAGAACUAUGGGGUUGUUAUUGACCAUUAUGCUCUGUUGCUGUUUUCUGCUAGACAGUCUGGCUGCAGACCUCCACUGUCAGGACCCACCUUUAUUUGUAGCCUUUCAAAAUAAAAGCGAAUAUACCGGGAGUAUGUUUUUUUUACAUCAGAUGUUGAUUUAAAGCCUUUCAAAUUAAAAGCGAUUAGACCGGGAUGUGCGUAUUUUUUGUCUCGUGUGCGUACAUUUUUCUUUUCUUGGGGCUUUAUUUUAUGUUUAUAAUGUUAAUAUGAUUUUUUUGUGUGUGUGUUCAUGUGUUCGACAAAGAGAAAAUACAAAACGUGAUGACCACAUCAAACAAACUGGAGCGCGUGAGAAAAAACGUCAUCUUGGGUCCUCACAGUGGAGGUCUGCAGCCCGACCCCUCUCGUUUUCUGAAGUGUAUGGAGUGUGAAAUUACUACAGUUCACCUUGUAACAUGUUGAUGUGUCUUAAAUCAGUCCAGGGCGAGUUGGACAUUUUUCCUCAAGAUAAAAUGGCAGGAUAGAAAUGAUGACAGAUGAUGACUGCAACAAAUAAUUGGAAACAAGAAAAUGCUAAAUCUGUUUUUCUUUCAGAACAUAAACCAUAGGAUUAAAACCCUUUAAAUUAGAGAUCAAAAUUGAAAAGAAUUUGGUAGUAUUAAUUGUUUUUCGUCAUGUUUCAACAGGGCUGAACAAAACACUUCAAUUAGCAGUAUCUCCAUGGACUUUAUUACCUCCCUGCCUUUCAUGAGCUGUAAAAUUAAUACCCGUUUAUGUUUUGCUCAGGUUUUUCAGAGAGAGGGAUGUAGGAGGAUUUCUCAUUAAAAACAAAGAAAAAGCUUUUCCUGAUGCUAAUGUGUUUGCAGCCGUGGUGCGGUCAUUAGUUUUCGUGUCAAUACUGCCUUUACUGUUUUACUUCUGACUACUAAAAAAAUGGUUUAAUAAUGAAUAAAAAUAGAGUGACAUAAAAAGCUUUAAUUUACUAUACAUCUAACUCUCUCACUUGUGGCCUGUUAUUAUUAUGAGUAGCCAAACUCGGCUGACAGCUUCAAUUAUACCUUGUGAAACAGCCCCAGUAUCCCUCUUCCUCUGGGGCCAUUUAGUUGUGUUUAGCAAGCCAGGCUUGUCGCCAGGCAAACUUUAGAGAUUAUUUCAUGUUCCCUCCUAAAAUGUGGGCCAACCAAGCCCUAAGCACCACCUGUCUCACAUCAGAGCAUAUAAAGUGAAGAAUGAGUUCAGUCAGCUGAUUAAACUGGCCCCGGUGAAAUAUUUGUGACCACAUGCAGUCAUUGUAAAAUAGUCUUUUUUAGGUCAAGCAGAUCAAACGAGUCCUCACAAUUUUUUUUUUUAAUGUAAUCCUUCUAAAUAUGUCAAAUGUAUACAGUUUUCCAAAGUAAAAUACACAACAGUGAGGCCUAACAACUUUGGCCUCCUUACAUGAUAAAUGGUGGUUAUUGAUGUUUAAAAUUCAUACUCCACUUGUCGAAACUCUACGUGGUCCUUGGUUGAAAAUGGCAUUUAAUUCACAACCCUGUGAAGUUUAAGGUCGGAUCAGUAAUGUUCUCUGAGUAUAUUCUCCUCCUGGUACUAAUAUUUUGUGACAUUAAUCUGCUCAACUGGCUCCCCUACAGUUUUCCUCCGCACACAAACACAGACACACAAAAUCACAGCCUGCACCCCCACAAAAUGACUACUUUUUCUUUGCCUCUGUGUGUCAGUUUAUUCCAUUAAGUCGUCCAUAUAACACAACUGGCAUCAUGAGAAGUCUCCUUCAUGAUUCCUCUCUGUAGCAGGUGAUCUGCAUGGUAAUGAGGCUUGUUAGUAAUGACGAAGUAUCUUGGUGAUCAAAACUUAGUGCAGAAAAACAUCUGCAACAAAGUAAAAAGAGAGAUAGAUGAUGUGUGUAAGUAAAGCAGAGGAACGAGGUGAGCACAGAGAGUGAAGCUGUAGCAGUAAUGAGUUUUUACAAGCUAAUGUUUGCAUGUUAACACAGUAAGUGGCCUAGUUUCAUAAAAAGUUCAUAUAAUAAAUGUAACACUAUAUUAAAAAGUGUUCCUGUUUUAAUAAUGAAGGCCAUGAGACUGAAUAAAAGGUUAUAGCUGUAAUUAUGCUGAGACAAAAUGUUGUAUUUAUAAGUUGGUACAAUUUACUUUUUACCACCACACUGUGAGAUACUCCAAUACUCCAAAACUCGUAAAAGUCUUGUUCUGAAUUGUAUUACCAUCAAAAUGUAGUCAAAGGUUAUAAUCGACAAAAAGAUUUGAUGCUGUAUUCAAACAAAUGUUUGGGGCAAAUGUGGAGUAAAAUUGUCUGUACAUUAUUUUUUUUGUCUCAGACCACUCUUGGCAAUUGGUGAGACGCAGGAUAUAUAUGUUUGUAGAAUAAACUGUAGACAGUAAUAAGAAAAUGUUUCUUUAAUUAAAAAUAAUAAUAAUGUGCAGUCUAGUCAAAUUUUGAUGGUGUGCUGUUGAGAAAUAACGGACUGUUGCUAUGGAUACCACUCUAAUAUACCACUCACUAAUCAUCAUGUAAGUGUACUGGAAGAAGUCUUGUUAAUUUGAUGAUGACAGUUCAGAUAAACUCAAUUUUCACCAAUGAGAAUCAAGUGUUGAGCAGUGCAGAGGAUUUACACAACUGUUGCUGAACCAAAGUGGUGAGCCGCAUAACAUCAAACCCCCUACAGCCAAUUGACCAGAGAGAGGCUAGAGCCUAAAAUAAACAAAAACAGUGUAAGAAAAAAGGUAGUAUUUUUUUUUGCAAAUUGCUUCCAGAUUAUCCAGGAGAGAGAUUUGAUAGUGUUAGCGUUGUUUGCUGUGAAGUUCUCUCAAUUCUGUCGAGGCUCUCCUUCCCCUUAAUGGUCGUUCUGUAAACUGUUAUCCACCACUGUGAAUUUUUUUAUGGAGGUCUUUUACUUGAAGUGAGAAAAUAUGGUGUAAAAUGUCCAUGUAGUGCGCUCAUUCGGCCUCCAUUUUUUCUCAAAGAGCAAAUUCACUCGGCACAGCUGACACCAAAGGAGACGCUCUUUCUGAAGUUUACAAAACCGCUCAAAAAAGGCCACAUUAGCACAGUGGCAUUGCUUGAAUAGUGUGGGCAAGCGUGUGUGUUUGGUGUCUAGAAAGGGUUAUUUGAUGGUUGGCUGAGACAGUCCUCCUCUGAGAGAAUGCUCUGGAAAACAAAGAGUUGCUAUGGAAACAGUCAAGGGUGAAGGAGGAGGGUGUGUCUGUGGUGUGCUUAGAAGUGGCAAAAUGGACAUUGGCAGGCAGUAUGGCGGGGGAGCGAGCGAUGCAUUCUGUGGUCCUCUGCCAUCCCUGCUGCUCAAUGAGUCCCUGCUUUCCUGCACCCCUGCGCCGCUCUCUUGUUGUCGCCAUCCUGGAGCGAGUGGGAGGCUGCUGGGAGAACAAACGCUGAAUCUCAAUGAAACAGCUGAGAGGAAAAACUCAUUUAUGUGCCCCGUCUUUCUCUGAUAGUGCCUUUAUUCUUUAUUUACAAGCAGCAUAACUCAGAGAGGUCAGGUUAUUACGCACUACAUCAACAUGCAUUUAAUGGUGUGGAAGUGACGUGAGGGCGCUUUAACGUUAUACUGUGAAAUGUUUACAAGUUCACGUGAUCAGAGCUGAACCUUAUAAAGAUGAUGAAUGACGGCUGUGUGACAAACAGCUACGAUUGUUCCAUGCAUCACUAAAGCUUUACAAAGAGUAUCUCAGAAAUGCAGAUGUGUGUCCGCUUAUAUAAAGAAAAUAAAUUGAGAAAUAAAACUAAAUUCAUUGCUUUGUUAUUUAAUCUUAUCUGAUCCUGAUUGGGGAACCUCUGCCAACCGUUUUUAUAACACUUAGAUUUAUUCAGUAUUUUUCACAUAAUUAGUGGUCAUGAGAGUAAUUAUAGUUCAGCCAGUCAUCCAGCUACAAUAAAUAUGCAAGUGUGUGAAGUAUUUUGAUAAUAUUACGAUAAUAUUUGAGGGUAAAUCAGAUAUGUGACAUGUUGUUUUUUUUCUGAUAUUAAGAGUUUAGUUGAAAUCAGCAAAGAAAAAUGAGCAGGUGAGGAGGUGAUUUUAGUGUGUCUGAUAGUUAACGUCUUUUAAGGCUGUCUGUCCUUGGGCUUUUCUUUGUGUGUUUUUUUAAUUUAACAUUUUCUUAUUACUAUGCGACGUUUUUGCUUGCUGAUAAAAAAUCAUUUUGGCUAGAGCCCAUCAUAGCACUUUGUAGAAAUUGUGAUACAGACUGAGCUUAUGUUCACCAUUUAUCAUGCUAAUAUAUCAUCCACCAUAUAUGUAUAACAGCUUUUGAACAUAAUACGAGUAUAUUCUUGAUGCCACCAGUGUGGUUUCAUCGAGUUUUUAUGAGUUUAUCUUCCCUUAAAGGCCCUGUAGAUUCUUAUAGGAAAGUGGUGUCUGAAAAAGUACAAUGAGUAUAUUUGUGUACAAAUGCUGUACAGGUUUUUUUUUUUUUUCAUGUUAUUUUUUAAGUAUAAAACGGUACAUUCUGACAAUGCUGCUCUGCUUUUUUGCUCCAUAAAGAGAGAGAGAGAGAGAGAAAGCACCAAGCACAUGAUGCACUUCAAUUGAAACAGCAAUUUCCUCUGUGCUGAGGAUCAGCAGGAAGCCAGGUCUCCAUCUUUAAAAGAAAUGAAAUGGAGAAGAUUUUCUCUCCCAUUAUCACACUCACUCGCUCUGUAAACUGACGCUGAACUCCUCCACAGAGCAUUUCUAUUCGAAGGCUUUCAGCUUUAUAUUCAGCAGACCAUCCUUAUAUUUGCUUUUUUAUUUGUUGUGAAAAAUGAGCCUUAGAGCAUAGGCAAGGCUUUACCCCAACCACAAAUAAAGAUAUAUUAAAAAAAGGUGUGCAUACAGACCCUCUUAAAGGUUUAUGACAAAGCUUCUCAUAACAUUUUUCCACAGAUGUCAGAGGAGUAUUGCAUUGACAAUCUGUCUAGACUAUUUGUUUCCAGAAAAAGCCCUCUGUUGUAGUGGAUUGACAGGAUGAGCAGGACCCGACAGUAGGCAGAGGGACCUUGUCUCACCUUUAAGGGGUUCCUCUGCAAAAUCAGUCAGCUCACCAAACAUUGUUUUGCUCAUUUGCUUGGAAAAUUAAAUCUUUGCUUAAUUCGUUUUAUCAAUUUAAAAACUAAUUUUCUUCCUCUGUUGAAAUUGGUCCUUUGCCUUCUCUGUUUGAGCUUCUUCCAUGACAACAGUAAACUGUCGCCAUCUUGAAAUGACGUGAUGUAGCCGUUAGCGCUCGCAUUAAACUAAACAAUUAAACAAUUAACAAUUAAACUCCAUAAAACUUUACCCAUCAUACCCUAUAUAGUGUUCUAUGAAAGGUCUCCUGUAUGCAUUGUCUUAAUUUUUCACACUCUCUGCCCUCACUGUCUUUCACCUCUCUGGCCUCACCGUUGUCUUCAUCCGCUUUUCUUUUCCCCAACAACAGACGCAUGAUUUGAUUUAGUCUUUUAUUAGAGCCGUAUCCAUUCUGAUGGCGUGCUGUUGAGAAAUAACCGACUGUUGCCAUGGAUACCUAUCUAAUCACUCACUUAUCAUCGUGUUAGUGCGCUGGAAGAAGUCUGGUAAAUUUGAUGCUGAGCAGUUGAGAUAAACUGGAUUUUCACCAAUGAGAAUCAAGUGUUGAGCACAGCUUGGUAUGAUCAAAGUGAGUCAUUGAGAGGAAAACCUUGAUUAAUAAAUGAUUCAUUCGUAACUGGAUCACAGUUGAUUGCAGCCGAGCUGUAUGAGUACAUGAUGCAAUGCAAUGACAAUGUCAGUGACAAUGGCAAUAUAAGUUAACAUAAAUAGUUAAUAAAGAAUCACCUACAGAUCCUAAGAUAAAUCCUUACCUUUUCUCAAAUCCAGUAGCUGAACUUGGGUGAAAUGAACUUUGUAACUACUAAACAAAUGUCUGCAGGAUAGUCAAGGCAGGCAACUUGAGCUGCUUGACACACAUUAUUCUCCAUUUUCACCUGACAACCCCGAUGUCAGUGUUUCUAUCUAAGCUGCUAAGAUUUCAGGUUUCUUCUUCUUCUUUUCUGUCAUUGCUGCUGUUGCCCUGCACCAGUACUGAGCUCACGUUAGCAGGCUCACCUCUCUCCUAACAUCCACCUGCAGGCUACAACUAGAACAGUUAGUAUUUGCCCCAUCACUCUUCAAAUUUCAACAAGUGAAAUAAAACUGCCCGGGGUGGUUGAGUGAUACUGUGCUCAGUGCCACAAGAGGUGCAACAGAUGUAAACAAAUACACAGGGAGAAACGUUUUUUCAGUGUGGAUGAGUGGGCUGCAAGAGAGUAUUUGCAAAACAUCGGCAGAGUUCCUGAAAAAAAACAAGAUCCAUGUAUUUUAAGACAUUUUUUCCCUGUGCACUAUGUACACAAUAACUCCCAUAAUCCCAUGCUGCUUCACAUCAACAUCAAACUACUUCUUUUGUUAUUGUUUCAAACCCACAGCAUCAAAACUGACAGAAAAUUACCUUAUUUCUCACUAAUUUGUUUAAAUGCUGUGUGAAUAGUCACAUAGAAAACAAAGCCAACUCUGUGAAGUCAACAUUUGACCUCAAUGAAAGCUGAUUUGAAAAGCUGAUUAAAAAAAAACGGCUUCUUUAUGCUGGGAAACAUUGAAAAGCCAUGUUAUCACCUCACACUUAAAUUCCUUAGUGAUUUGGAUAAUUACUUUCCCACACCCUGAGAGGGAUUGUUCAUGCUAAUGGCACCAAUAGAUAUUCUUAUUUUUGUCUUAUUCCUUUUUAAGAAGACUUGAAAAGCCAUGUUCCAGUUUGGUAGAUAAUCUCCCCUCUUCAUUGUUCUUCUUUAACACUCUGUGGGCUAAAAGACUCUCUUCUCUUCUGUCUUGCCUUUUUGCCGUUGAAGCCUGACUGUCUAAUUCAGUGGUGUGAACAGAGGUCAUAUUUUAGAAUUCAGUGCAGGGAGGCAUUAGUAUUCCCGAGGCCCACGCUCUGACCAAGCCAUCUGCUGCUUUCACACUGCCUCUCUCGCCCUCUGUCCUCUCCUCAGUCCUGCUUUUAAGCUCAAACACACACUCACUUUUUAAGACAUGUAUCUCCCACACAGAGGGAGUGUCUAAGGUUAAUUUAAAGCUUCAUUUUACUGCAGAUGAAGCAUUUUGUGGCAGACAUGAAUGGGUCUGUCAGGGGAGACAGCCCUGCACAAGUGGUCCCCAGCUGCAGUUUAAAACAGACAGCAGGGAAGCAGGCUGGUGUGUUGCUAAUAGUAAUACCAGUGUGGGUGUGUGCAUGUGUGUGCGUGUGUCGGGCCAUUUUUAGUGAUGAAGAUAACAGCUUGCCUACAUUUCAGGGCGUGUAUGUAUGUGGGAGACAGAUAGUGUUUGUGUGUGUCUGUGCAGGUGGGAUCAAUCAUUGAUCAGUUUCUUUUUGGUCCUUCUAUCUCUGUUCAGGUUCCCAUGUGGCUGGACUGAGCACACCCCUGCAUGUAUUAUGCAUAACACAGUAAAACAGCAUGUUCAGGACAGACUGACUAAGAGACAUAUUCAAAAUACCCCUGAGAUCUUGUAGCAGGAGUUCACAUCUAUAAAAACAUACCCUCUUAAAUAAGGACUUACUUUGAUUCAUUAGGGCUGUGCAAGAAGGAGUGUACGAGAGUUUGUUAAACCCUCCAUGAACCCACAAUGUCUUUGGUGUUACACAGGAGGAAAUCCAUUUUAUUUGUAGCACAGAGUAAAAAGGGUAGAAAGUAUAUGAAAGCAACCUUUAUAGAAAAGUCAUUAGUUUGAGAUAAAGAUUUGUGAGCUACAAAAGGCUUAAAAUGAACUUUGAAAAACUCUGAAACAAACUGAUAAGGCUCUUUGUCAAAGUGAAAUUCAUCUAACGUUUGAUUAAAUUUUCCUGUUUUGAUCUGCAUUUAUCAAAACCCAUCUUUGAAGGCAACUAGAAAUGGAUAAUCGUGACACUACGCUCGAAUGUAAAGAAAAUAACAAGGCUGCUUACUGAAUAAAAAGUCACAAUAACACUGCAGAGGCACAGAAAAUCGGCUAAUCAUGUUCUUGCCACAAUGAAUUCAACCAAUCUGGAAUAUGUCUGAAGGAAUGAUUGCAAAUUGCAGUGCUAAGUCCUUUAUUUUUUUUCUUUUAUUGUGGUUUAUUGUUGGUUAGAGAAAAAUCAGAAUUACUAAAUUGAAUAAGGAGACACUGCACUGCAAAUCAGGAGGAGGAGAGACAAGCCGCUCUGACAGCCUGCUGCAUCAAUUCAGCAAAGAUGACUGAGUUUAAGUUGUUCAGCGACUGUGAAUCUACAGAAUUGAUGUAUACAAGCAACGUCAGAAUCAAAGAACUGAAAAUUAAAACGCUGUUUUCUAGAUAUUUAUAGACUCAGAUGAAAAAUAGGAACCCACGUUUGUUGAAAUAAAAACUUGAAAAUGCAUGUAGAUACAACCUGUGAGUACAAACAUAACUAGGCUUCAUGUCAAACUUCAUUUUACAUCUCUCCUAAUAGUGCCAAACAGGUUGGACAGAUCCCCUGUGUGUCUUGAUGAUGGCAUUAAUAUUUGUGUACAAAUGCAUGCAAAUUCAACAAACAAAGCCAAAUCUGAAAUUCGUGCCAAGCCAAACAGAUUUGGGAAAAGCCACCUGGUCAGGGACUUAAAGGAUUUCCAAAUGUACACGAUGGUUUGAAUAGCAGUGGUGGAAGAAAACUGCGUGAUAGUGUAAAACAAAAAUACAGCAACAGUCAAGCAACACCGUAUAAGAAAGGGGGGGAUUGUAAAGCAAGGCAGGGUAACAAAGAGGAGGUCAAAGAGUAUCAGUCCCUGGGGGAUGCAGUUACCCAUAGUUACCAAUCCUUACUCAUAGCUCGGGGGGAACCAGAUGAGGCAGGGCUGGGUCUCUACAGGAGGAUGCUGGGAUAUAAAGUGGAGGAAGAAGGAGGGAGGAGUCAGGGAGAUGCGUGCUGUGUAGCAGCUGGUGGGGGAAGGGAGGAGCAUAGAGAGAUGAGAAGGAGGGAGGGAGGAUGGGGCCGUUGUUUCAGCAGAAACCAGUGUUAUUGUAUUCUCCAUCCUAGGCUGGGACCUCAGGUAAGAGAAAGAGUCAGUAUUCCAUCAGUAUUGGGGGUCAAAACUUGGUUGUUAGACAAUGUUAUGAGCAGUCAAAUAUGAUCAAAAUGGCAAAAUGAUGAAUUGUUACCAUAUUUAAUCAGGUGCAGACUCAGAGCAUGCAUGGCCAUGAGUCUUUGUAUGCAAAAGAAUAACACAGUGAUUGUAACCUCUAUGAAAUGCUUAGAUUCAUAACAUUAUUAUUUUUUUAAAUAUGGCAGCCAGUCAUCACAGUUUAUAGAGCUUUGUGUGAUAUUGUCGUCUUGACUUGGCUACCUGUAGAAUCACCAGCUGUGUCCAUGUGCUGCUGUGCGUGUGUGCUCCCUUUUGUGCUUGUGCCAUUGUGUUUUAGAGGUGUCUGUGCCCAGUUGUACGGGGCUAAUUAACAUGUGCAAUCACUGCUGACGGAAAAUCUAAUUAUACACAAGGAAACUGGAGGAAAGCAGCAACAACAUACCCCUCUGAGGGCAGUUGCUCAUGGCAACUGGAUGGCACAACAGAGUUUGAAGGCAACAAAAUAGCUGAUGGGGCAGAGAGAAGUCAUGCUUUUGAAGAGUGAAUGUACUCUUGUGGUUUUAAUCCUGGCAGCGGUUGUUUUGUUUGUGUUGAUUCUGACUGGUGUGCAACAUAAGCUGCGUUUACACGGGCACAAAUAAUCAGAAUAAAUGCCCGAUCGGAAUAAAAAAGCAAUCUGUAAACGUGUUGAUCGGAACAUUCUGAUCCAAGUCGGCUUAAUCGGACAGAAAUUGGAUUCCAAUCAAGAGGGGAGGUUAAUACCGAUCGUUAUUCCGAAACGCAUCCACUUAUUUCAAUCGAGACUCUCUUACCUGACUUGAUCUUCACUCUUUAGCCUUUAGCUAAUUCGUUGAAGUCAGUCCAGGAGGUUUCAUUAUUAACACUCUGUCAUAAAACACAACCGCAGAUGUCGUGUCUGCUCCUGUGGAAACACAACAAGAAGCACAUACAGUUGUAAUAAUGUCACAUCUGCACACACAGCGCAACUUUUGACCGAACAGUAAAAUAAGUACGCAAGGGCGCCGCUACAUUUAACAGGGGAAAAACUCCUGAAUUGGAUGGAGUGAGCAACUACGGCGUUUGUUGGUUUGUUGACAGCACAGGCGUAAAUACAACUCUUCUUCUGCGGUUGUUUUAGCGGGAUCAGACAACUCUGCGCAUGUCCAAUACGAACGUCAUGGUCAGUCAGUGGAUUCAGAUUAUCUGAUUAAGAAAAUUUGCACAUGUAAACAUGGUCAUAGUGCGUUCAACAUAGUCAUCACUAUCGGGUUGAAUUUUCACAUGGAAACAAAAGCUGUGAAUCAUGGUUUGUAGUUUUAUGGAGACACUGAGAUUAGUAGUUUAUAAUGUGUUGGCUCUCUCUAAACACUUACCCAAGUGUAGCAAUGUGAGAGACUUUAUUAUCCCCUUGGUUGCCAAAUGUCAGCAAGGCAACCACCUUAAAGAUCAAUACAAAUCUUGACUGAUGUGUGCAAGCCCAGUGGUGUAAGUGUACAUGCAGGACCUGUUUGGAGAUGACCUUCAUUUGGCUAUUGAUUCUUUCUCCGGCAAUGUCCCAUUAAAUUCAUCAUGUGAUGGCAGUGUUCUGCUCUUUGUGUCUAUUGUUCUCAGCAAUGUAUUGAGCCCUCUGUUUGGUACAAAAUAAACACAGAAUCUAAACCAGGCCUCUAUAACAUCAACCGAUAAGGCUAUGUGUUUUAGCUUUAUGUAAAGUGCAGAGAUAAGUGAGAAUGAUCAACAGAGAGGACUGUGUAUGAAUGUUUGCUGUGAGGAUGUGGGUGUUUGAUAAAAAGGAUCCACUGUUUGCAAAUUUGCCAUUUUCAUGAAGGGUGGUAUUAAUCUUCUUUACUUGCUAAUACACAUAAAUCGUUGCACUUGUCCUAACAGCUUAAAAAGCUCGCCACUCUUACCCUUGGUUUUUGUAAUCCAUCCCUGUUAUAAUUUGUGCCUCUCUUUUGAGUGCAGUUGCAUGGGGGAAAUCAAAGUUGUGUUUGAUUUUGCAUUCAUGCAGUUCCCUUUGUGUUCAUGUCUCCGUCUCCUAGGGUCAAACCAAUAACAAUGCAUGGCCUGUAAGCAGCCAAUCAUGGCUCAUAGGAAGAGGCCGGGGACCAGCGGAGGAAACAGCAUGGCUGCUCCUGGCCUCGCCCCUUGUCCCAACCCUCAUCCUACAGAGUCAUGUGAACCCAAAGCCCUCCCCCCUCGACAACGCCCAGUUCGCUACCCCAAAGAGUCACAUGAUCCAAAGCCCCUCCCUCGUUCCUGUAAGCCACAAUAUUCUACCCCAAAGUCUCAAGACAUAAGUCGAAACCAUCCAGAGGCAGACGCAGACGCAGAGGUGGACGUGAAGCGGUACAUUAACCAAGCAGAAGUGGAAGUGGAGGACCAGCGGCCAGCAACACCCUCCACUCCAGAGCAUGAACACAACCAAGAUGAGCAUGACAGAGUGGACUUCCAUGAAGGAGCAGACAGUUUGGAUGAUGACUCCAGCUCUGACUACAUUAAUAACACUUCAGAUGACGAGGAAGACUAUGAUGACGGUGACUAUAAACUUAAUCACAAAUAAUCACUUUUCACAAGGAAACACUUUAUCUUCUAUCCAUUCUAUACUUCUAUCCAUUAUCCACUAACCCCAACCCAUUUUUAUAUUCUAAGCACUGGAUUCAUUUUUUAAGCAGCGAGCAGAGGAAAGCAAUAAAAAAAGAGAACCUGUCAAACAAAGCAGCGUAAUAAAAAGCUUUCUUUUCUCAUUCAGAUGAAAUACCCCUGAAAAUCACUCUAUUUUUCUGUGAGUGGAUAUUCGAGCCGCCAAAUGUACUUUGGCAAAAUAUCCCCACAAAUUCAAACAUCUUUUCCUCUGCAGCAUUAACACAGCUUAUCAGGAAACAAAGCUGUAAUUCAGUGUCAAAGAUGCUGUACACAACACUGAAAUCAUUAAGAUUAAUUGUUUGGGCCAACUUUUGAUUGAACCCUGAAUUAAAAUCUUUGAUUCCUUCCUCUAAUGAAUACCCGAGAAUGUUAAGUAAUUAAAGUCAUGGUUGACGAUCUGAGAAGCAGCCGUUGAGGCAGAUUUGAAAAAAGCGUCCCCACCCCCGAACCUGUAUCACCCUCCCCACAACACACCCCCUCCGGCAGAACAAGAAGCCGGCCGGCAGAAGAUGAUCCUACGCUAGCUUCAAAUAGGAUUCAUCAUGUCAGAUUUCUAGUGACUAGCGGCAGUAAAUGCCAGCUCUGCUAGCCAGCACCAUCUGCAGCUGCUUGGAUAGCUACCAUGUUGACAUUGCAGAGACAAAUAAGAGUUAUUUAUGUAACAUGUGCCACGCUAAAAGUCAAAAAUUACCUGUUCAACAAAAACUGCUGUCUUGGUCACAUUUCCUCUUCAACUCUCCAUUUUCUUCUGUCGGCUAGUGUUUUCUUAGCAAUUUUGGUGGUGGGGCUAGCAGAAGUGUUUUUUUUGCAUCCUUUUCCAUCACAGCUCCUGUAGCUAAGCUGCUACUUUUAGCUACUCAGAAUUCCCAUGAGGGCUGGUAGAGUGGGAGGGGACGAGUCAUUGGAGGUGAUUGGCUGGAGAGGCGGAGCAGGAGAUUUACCAAUAGGAGCUGUCCGGGACGGUCAAUGUUUUUGCAGCCCUGCCCAUGCUAGGUUUUUCUCUUCAAUUUGUGGAGAUCGCACUAUAGGACCAUGAUCACCAUAUAAACGAGGUUCAUAAUAAUUAACAAUCGCUCCAAUCGUCAACCGUGCCUUUAAGAAGCUGUUGUGAUUUAGUUAAAACAAGCCCAAUUUUUGAAAAACAUGUCCCUUUGUGCUCAAUUCCUGCAGGUCUGGCAGAGGAGGAUGAAGGAACGACUUACUACAUCCGCUACUGCCCCGAAGACGACAGCUACAUGGAGGGUAUGGACUGCAGUAGCCAGGGCGACUGUAACCACGGACACAGCCACAGCCAGGGGGAUCGUACCAACACCAUACAGCAGAGCAGAGCUCACACUGAUGAAGGCCAAGAGGCUGAAGAAGGGUGGACCGAGGAGGGCGAGGCUGAGGGGGAGGUGAGGGAAGGAGAAUGGGUGGAAGGUGAGGAAGCAGAGGAGGCAGUGAGGGAAGAGUGGAGAGAAGAAGAGGAGGAGGAGGUAAGAGAGGAGUGGCGGGAUGAAGAGGAAGAGGUGAGGGAGGAGUGGAGAGAGGAGGAAGAGGUGAGGGAGGAGUGGAGAGAGGAGGAGGAGGAGGUGAAGAAGGAGUGGAGAGAGGAGGAGGAGGUAAGGGAGGAGUGGAGAGAGGAGGAGGCGGGGAGGGAGGAGUGGAGAGAGGAGGAGGGAGCGGUAAGGGAGGAGUGGAGAGAGGAGGAGGAGGGAGAGGUGAGGGAGGAGUGGAGAGAGGAGGAGGAGGGAGAGGUGAGGGAGGAGUGGAGAGAAGAGGAAGGAGAAGAGAUGAGAGAGGAGUGGACAGAGGGAGAUGAGGAGGUCAGGGAGGAGUGGAAAGAGGAGGGACAGGCGAGGCAGGAGCAGUGGUCAGGGCGGGAGAGGCACAGGGCGGAGGAGUGGGGUGAGGGAGAGGGGGAGGUUCGCUGUGAGGUGGUGGAACAAGAUCCAGAUGAACAGAUCUACAACGGAAGACCUGAACCCAUUCUGGACCACCCUCACCACCAUCAUCACCACCACCCUCCCCCACUGCAAGAUACCCAAGAGGAGGAUGAGGAGGAGAGCGAGGACUACUGCCCCAAUGAGGAGGAGGAUGAAGAUGGAGACGAGGAGGACAGACAUGGAAGGGCCUACACUGGAGACUACUAUGCCCCAGAGGACAAUGGGAACUCAGUGCGAGUCUCUCCGUACCGAAGCCGAAAGGUUCUUGUGGUCGAGGGGGAGACGGGGGAGGAGGCGGAGGAGGACAUAGACCAAAUAGUUGCAGAGAUCAAGAUGAGUAUGAGCAUGGGGAGUCUCAGCAGCGGCACUGACCAAAGCCCAGAGGAGCUGGCACAGGACCCCGCCCCGAGCGACUACCCUCACCCCAAACCUGACCCGGCCCCCUACCCACCAGCUCACCAUCGCCAUGACAGCAGGCCCAAGUCCCUGAACCUGCCCUCCAUUCACCACAACAACCCAGAGCUCCAGAGGGGCAUCAAGGCACAUGCACGUUCCCCUGAAGACAGGCAGAGAUGGCAACAGGAGCAGGUGGGCAAGAUUAAAGCUUUGAAUACUUAAUAACACCCUAGAGCUAAUUCCCAAAAAUUAAACACAAAAAUCAAGUUAAUCAUGAGUUUUAAAGACACAAGUGGCUUAUUGGACCUUUUCUAUCUCUCUGACUAGACCUUUAACUACUAGUGCUGAAUAGAAAACCCUUUACUGAUACAGUUGUGCAGAAAAAGCUGAUUUAGGAGGACUAAAAUGAUAGUUAUUACUACAUAGUUAAUCAUCUUCAAAACAUUAUACUUAGAAAAUACCCACAAAUACUUCCUUCAGUCUAUAUCAGGAAGAAAAGUAAGGAGAGGAGAUACAUAUACCCUUCAGGAGACAAACAAUGUGUCUCGUUUUGAAUCUGGACUCUCAACUCUUCCUCUCAUGUCUCCAAGUAUAGAGUAUAAAAACUUAGCACAUGAUUAAAAUGAUGGCAAUGAAAAUUUAAAAAUUAUAUUCAGAGGAAUAUUUCUCUCCUUAUCCUCUAAAUUCAAAGUCAUAGACUGUUUUUUGAUCGUGACAGAAUUAACAAUGACUUUGUUUUAUUCAUGUGUGUUGGAAGCACAGCAUCAGUAAGCCCACACACACCAGCUUUGCCAACAAUUAUGAAUCAUGAAUUAUUUUAACCAUUUCUUUUAAAACUGGGAAAUGUCAAAAUGUCUUUUUUUAAAGAGGAAAUUAAGUACUGAUAGGUUGUUAUUUUUGUUUACUUGAAGUCUGGUCAUGUGGAUAAUCCCUCGGUAUCAAUGGUUAUCGUGUCAAUAUGGAAGUAUACAUUUUCUACUGUGGUUAGAGUACAUCCUAGAGAAUUUCUCACCCACUCUUGUCUCUAUCAAAAUGUGUUAAGAGGGACAUAAACAGGCUUUAAUGAAAAUGUUUCAGACUUUUAUUGAAUCUGAUCCACCACUCUCUUGUAUUUUUUUAUGGAUCAUUUCAUUUUAAAAAUAGACAAAUGUUGCAAGCACCACUUUAAAUGAUUUGGGUUUCCUGUUAUUAUUGUUAUAUUGAAACUCGAGACUUAAAAAAAAAAGGUUUAGUCAGUCUGAAAUGAUCCAAACCACCUGCUCUUUAAAGAGUUCAUGUUGUUUUUGGCUGGCAGCAGAUAAACAAACACAUCCCCCCCUGCAUGCAAGACAAACAAGGUGAAAAAAACUCCUGUUCCCCAACUGUCAUUAGUCUUUCAGAUAACUCUUUGUGGUGUUUAUUUAUGAUGUUUAUCUUAUUGCUGUUAGAUGGCGAUUUCCUACAAGCUAGUGUUGUUGUUGUUGUUGUUAGUUCCUAGCCCUGUUAGAGUCAGAACCUAAAACUCCAAGCUCAUGUUGGCUGCCGCUCUUGUGAGAAAGCCGCCACACUGAGAGAAACAUCAAAUAUUGUAGCUCUGGGCUAGAACAACUAGAACAACUGCAGGUGUAGUUCACAGUAAACCAGAAUCUGAUAGAACAUGAUGAUGUUGAAAAUCCACCUUUAAUCCAAUUGAAUAAAAUCAGAGUUUUUCUCAUUUUUAUUGCUUUUAAACAGCACUGCACAAACGGAUGAAAUAGAGGGAACAUACCAUGACCAGCAUCAGUAUAGCAAUGCUAAUGAGAGUCUUUGCAGCACUGUGCAGCACAUUCAGGCUAUUUAAAUACUCUGCAGCAGAGACCCUUGCCACCUUGUUGAUUUACAGUGCUUUGUGGUGAAGAGAAGGAGAUGAGUUACAGAUGACAUACUGCUCCUCACUUCCCAGGGAUGAGCUGCAGCCUUUCCCCUCCCCCGUGUUACCUUGAGCUGCCCCCCCUCCACAUCCUUUUUUCCUCAAUGCGCUCACACACAAUACAGACACAUAGAUAGACCUGAACACACGCAGAGCCCCCCUAUCCUCUAAAAGUCAGAUGGUAAAAGGAGAACCAAGAUAGUCUCCUGUGGGCAGCAUGCUGAUCACACCUGCUCCACAGUCUACACAUGUAUUUCUACAUUCAUCGCGGCGCAGAAGUGGGUCAGUCAGCACAGAUAAAACUGGAAGAAUACACAGUACACUGCAGAUUUGGAUUGCUCGCAGUCUCACUGAGAUAUUUCGUCCUCUGUUAUCGAAUGAAAUGUUCUCUGUACAGCACUUUAACAUGACCUCUGGAUGAACCAGGACAACAAAGUAUUUAAUAAGAGCUCUGCUGCACAGUAUGAAGCCAACAGAUUAUGAUAAGAGAAGAGUUAUAAAACAGAAGGAGGUCAUCCACACACUUGUGUCGGUACGCUGUGUUCGAAAGGGACCGAGUUUACUGCACAAUGUUGUGAUCUUCUUGGUACCACUUUACUUGACACCUAUCUCUAUAAGGCAUUAUAAAUAGAUGUAUAAUACAUUAUAAUGAUGUUAUAGCACUGUAUAACCAUAGUUAUAAACACUAACUAAUGAUUUUAUCACGACUUACAAGGUCAGGUAUUAUAAUGUGUUAUAACUGUUAACAACUCACUGACAAUGCCCACAUAGAUAAUGCAUUAUACAUUUAUUUAUGAUGUGUUUUAAUUUGCUUAUAAACUUGUAUAACUAUCAUUAUAAACACUUAGUUAUCAAAAGGCUUUAUAACGAUAAGCAUAACACAUUGUAAUACCUGACCUUGUAAGUCAUGAUAAAAUGCUUUAUAAUGUGUUAUGAUAUUUGCUGUAGAGCAUUAUGAUUAUAUAUGAGUGUUUAUAACUAUAGUUAUACAGUACUAUAACGUGAUAAUAACCCAAUAUACAUAUAUUUAUAAUGUGUCACAGAGAUAGGCAUCAAGUUAAGUGUUACCAUCUUUUUAAAUGGUGCAACAAUCACUGUGUUUGUGAAAUUAUUUUGGAUGUAUGAUCACUAGAAAAGAUGAUCAUCCAAACUAUUUGGACCAUGUUUCCCACGAUGCAUUGCAUCCUGAUUUUUUGAAGGGAUCAAUAACUUUUAACUUGCAGUUAAACUGACCGGUAGUAACAGGAGUACGAAAAAUUCUGCUCAAUCUGUCCUUUUAUAAGUCUGUUGGAAUUUCUAGGCCUCUCGGUUCUGUAAAUGCUACUUUUGUUAAUUAAUAAAAACUGAUAUCAUGAUUUAUGGAUGAGAAACUUUUACACACAGUCUCCUUAUCUUACAGACGAAGGCAUGUACAAGGUUAUCCUGGAGUCAUUCCGAAUCCUGUUCAUGAAUGAAACUUGUUAAACAUCACGGUUUUGCAUACCGUCUCACUGAACAGCAACAUUAAUCUCAUCUAUUUAAUGGUUGUUUGCAUGACUGAGUCGUGCAGCAUCAUGAAUACUAAUCAAGACUUUAUGUUUAGCUCCCUUUUGCAAAGAGGGGCCACUAGUGUCAUGUUUGUCAGAAUUAAUUUCAUUUCCAGACGCUCAACAACGGUACAGGCUAUUCCUCUGAAUAUCACUUUUUCAUGCAACACCAAGGAGGAGGAGGAGGUUUUUAUUGGCUGAAGGAUUUUAUUUCAUCCAGUUGCACAUUUGAAUCUUAAUGAGCAGUUGUGGACUGCAAGAUGGAUAUCCAAGGGAUAAAUGUAAUCCUCCCUCAUCGUGAUUAUAUACUGGAUGUACACUUUAUAGGUACCUAUAUAAGACAUGAGACAAAAGGAAAGCUGGCUAGAGGGCAAGUGAAAGGCAGAAUUUAACCGUGUGCAGGCUUUAGUGCUCAAAACAUGCCGACACUUGAACAACAGCCUUCAGCGUUUUUUUUUUUUAAAUCCACCUCUAAUCUAUUAACACUCACCUGUUCUUCUGUGUUGACAUGCCAGGUGAGCAAUGGGGCAGAGCAACCCAGAAAACAGCAGCGCUCCGACCUCAACGUCCCCCUGGAGAACAACAAUGUACCAGAGGUAAGAUAUUCUGUCGCAGUGCUUCCUUCAUCACCCUUAAGAUCUGUUGCAAGGUCAUUUCUGUUGUAGAUUCAAGAUCUUUGCUGUUCAUAUUUGUGUGUGUGUGUGUGUGUGUGUGUGUGUGUGUGUGUGUGUGUGUGUGUGUGUGUGUGUGUGUGUGUGUGUGUCUUGAGUAAAUUAGUAAUUGUGUAAUUACAACACCACCUCGUGUCCUCUGCUUACGGCAUCCCGGUAAUUGAGCAGCGUGUGUGCUUGCUGUUUUAUGAGAGCCAUUUUUCACUGAAAUGUCUGCAGUGGAUGCUUCCUGUGAAGGCUCCAGCCCACGCCUCCCUGUCCUUGGGUGGAGUAAACUUUCUGAAUAUGUAACAAGCAGGUUGGUGGAGCCAAUAGAUCCAGUGGGCUGAGUAUUGAAUCUAAUGAAUCACCUCACAAUCCAAAGCUCUCUAGGAGGAUCUAUAGCCUCCUCCUCCUCCUCCUACUUCAUCCACACUCUGCCAUAUCCCACAGCAAUGUGUGAAGCUGAUGAUUAACACUCUGUACUGUCUCUAUGCCUCAGCUGUUCCCUUGAGCAAGGCACAUAUUUCAAGGUUUGCAGCAGUGACAGUAUGUAGGUGUGGCUGCAUGUGAGCAAUGGGCAUUCUAGCAGGCAGCACUGAAGAAAAUUUCAUUGCCGGGAAAAUGUUUAAAACUUCUGGUCGGGUCUGUGCUCUUAAAGGUGGGGUAGGCAGGAUCUGAGGAAGCGCCAGUUUUGGGAGGAAUCUUGAAUGUAAACUCUACCCCUCCCAACCAGUUUUCCCCUCAGCUCCUCCUCUCCCCUCCCUCUCUGCUCCAACAAGCCCCGCCCACAAACAGACGCUCCUGCUCGCUCGUAUUGUUCUAAUUAAAUUCAGAUAUAAUGCAGAUAAAUACUUCAGAUAAUUACAAAUGGGGCCCAGUCAAGGUGAAAGUCAAAAGCAUUGGUGCUACUGUAGAUGCCAACAGACUACCAGUAAACACAAUGUUUGCAGGACUUCUACAACUAGGAUAAAGUGACAUAGUCCAGGACCCGAGGUCAACAGUUUAGCAGCGCUACAACACACAGCAGGUCCGUUUGACAAGAAACACUUCUAUUACAGACACUUGGCUUACUUUGUUAAAGCCGACUCAUGAAGCAUCCCUGAUCGUUUAUGCUUCACUGAUGUUGACCCGGCUUUUUAGCUCUUGUCCGGUCUACCUCCGUUUUAAGCGCCCGUUAUUCCGCCAGAGUCUCCGGUAUUUACUUUGUUUUCUUGCUUGUGUUGGCAGUCGUUGCCAAAGGAGGAUUCUGACAAUUUUCUGUACUUUCUGGUUGGUUUCUACUGUCCGAUAUUGUAGCACGCUAACUUUGUUUUGGCUCAUGAACGUUAUUCGAGGACAUGGAGCGUGCCUCACAACACGAGGGAGCAGGGUCCGCCUCACAACCAAUCAGGUUGGGGGAGGUGGACAGGGGCUUUGUUUACAUUCAGAAAGAGCGGGCCGCUCAAAAAUUUUAAAAUGUUGACUACACAGACAUAACAGAACACAGCGAUAUCGUUAUAUUGCGAAAUGUCAUCAAUAACUAGUAGCUAUUGACAUAUAUUGAAAGCUUUUUUGUAUAAACACCACAAAAAAAGAUGCUUUUUUUAACAGAAUCCUGCCUAACCCACCUUUAAUGUUACCUGCUUAAUUAUGCAGUACUGCCAGAAAUACAGAAAGCAACGUCAUUGACAUAUCACCAGCAGCAAAUGUGAUCUCUCUAACUGCUUUCUAAAUAUUCCAUGUUCAUUUAAAGCUCUGAGUUGCCCGCACUGUUUGCACAGGGUUUGUUGUCUUGGCAGUUUGUGAUAAACCAACCAGCAGCCAAAAAGCAGAAGGGCAUCAUGUUGCACACAGUAGGAGGGUUGACUUGCAUGUUUGAGGAAGGUCAGAGAGGAAUCACAAUCUCUGUUAUGUAAUCCUUGGAAGGGAAACAAUAAAAUGCAACCAGCUCUUUCACUCAAUAGAGCAGAAAUGAUUUAGCAUGAUGAGUUGUUGCUUUGAUUCUUAUCUUAUCCGUGUUAUUUUUCGGAGACUUCACCAGACUUUAAAAUAUGAUGAAACAAAAAUGAAAUAUAUCGGGUUUGCUGACUGACUGCACUGAAUGCGGUGUCUCUCAGUGAAUGCAGCAGAUCUUGGCUGAGCACAACACCUGAUGUAUUUAACAGAAUUGGUCCUUAAGGUGUAGAACGGUUUGUUUGAAGAUGGAUAAACAUGCUUAAUUCACCGUAAAUCUACUUACGAUCGUUAAUCAUUUCCUGUUUUUGUCUUCCAGCCAACGAAGAAGGUUGCAUCGUUCCCCAGCUUUGUUGAUGGUGAGUUAAUCUGUCCGCACACCUGUUUAGAAAUUAAAUGGAAUGAAUGAAACCACUCUAAAUUAUCACUCCACUCUCCGUCUGUCACAUCAAAGGCCCGCUAUAACACGUCCCCUGCCACUGGGCAGAUGAUUGGCCUAAUAAUGUGCAAGAGGUUUAGCUGCCUGUCUGCCCCUUCAGAUCAUGACAGCACAUUGUGUCCCUGAGUGGGUGACUGAGAGUGCACAUCUCCAUAUCACAGAUGCAGAUUAAUCCACCAGCGCUGCAUCUCCAUUAACUCACAGCCAGUGGCCAUCACGCCACUCCAUCCCACCCAGACCGCUACCUCCAUCUACCCGGCUUCAGAACCUGAUUGCUUGGCUGCGGUUCUCCUCGAUAUUAUACCCUCUCCAAGACAGAUCUGACCCUUUCAGUCCGACUGAACUCUGCCUUUCUCUCUGUCUCCCUGUUAAUCACCUUCCUCUCUGCUUCUCUCUCUGGCCCAGUCCCAGGACCCUGCGAGCCAGAAGACCUGAUUGAUGGAAUUAUCUUUGCUGCUAACUACCUGGGCUCCACUCAGCUGCUGUCUGAGAGGAACCCCUCCAAGAACAUACGCAUGAUGCAGGCCCAGGAGGCUGUCAGCAGGGUCAAGGUACUCAAACACACACCCACUCUCACCCAGAAACCCUGAAUCACACAUGAUGAUAAAGUAGCUGUAAUCAGAGGACAUCCAUACCCAUGAUGUGUUUGUCGAAAACAUACAGGAUCUGUAUUGAGCGCGUUCCGUAUAUGAUCCAUAGAGCAGCUCUGGGUGUCGCAUACAGGAUGCGUAUUUGGAGCGUAGCAGCAGCGUAGUGCAGCCCCGGUCAGCUGGGCUCAGUAUAGAGGAAACAACAUGGUCACAACAGGUUGUUUUUGCCUUUCUGUGGUCUAUCUCCUCCUAAUUUAGAUAUAUUUCAGUGACUGUUGAGCCUCUACUGUAUGUGAAAAAGCAAUGUGAUUUUACAGUUUCAGUUUUUGCAGGCUAACUCGUGUUCAAUGAAGUAAACUAGUUCCUUUAUGCUGUGCUGUUACCUUCAGGCAGAGUUAGCAGUUAAAAGUCCUGUUGGGGUCCACAUGGAUCAGGGAUUGACCAUCAGAUUUUUCUGUGUUACUGAUAAAUCCAUAAUCAGGGAGUAUUUCUCAUCUACACAAACUGAUACAGUCAGAGAUCCACAUAUGGUGUUUAAUUUUGAAAUACCAGAUGACAUGCGCAGUUUUUGUGCUUGACAUCCUGUCUAGAAUGAUCUUCUCUGUGUAGACUGACGCGUAUUAGAAGCGUAGAGCGGCAAAAAUAGACGUGGCGCGAAUCUUUAGCAGUGCCGCGCUUGAUACGCUUCCGAUAGAGCUGCGACAGAGCUGAUAGGUGUCCUGUUUGUGAUGCUGCAUUGAUUAGAAUGGCAACCUAUUUGCUGCGUGACACAUGACGCUGACGUUACGUGCUCAGUACAGAUCCUGUAUGUUUUGGCCUUUAAUUUCUGUUAUUCUUCCUCUGGAGGGCUUUAACAGAUUCUUUGUCCUACAACUAACAAAGAACCCUGAAAUUAACUUUGGAAUCCAGGUCUUCAUUUUUACCAAAAAAAAAAUAACAGAGACUAAAUCGGCUUUGCAUCAAUUACAGGCACAUCCUGUCGAAUCUCAGUGAUCUAUCAGACAGUAUCUCAGUUGGGCAUCAAAACGGCAAUGUGAACAUGUGCAAUAAUCAUGUCACAAGACAUGCCGUAUCAAUCGUAUGAGAUGAAACACAUCAGGCUGUCAACACUUGCUUAUUGUCCAUGGUUGAUUUAUGAUAAACAUCUACCUGAAAUCCCUCUAAUGCAGCUCGAAGGCAGUGUGUUUCUGCUCAUCCUGAUGUUUCUGAUAUGAACACAGUUAAACCGUGAAACCACAGAAGGUUUACUUUCAGCAUCUAUACCUGCAGAAAGCUAGCAGAGUUGUGAUUUGACAGUCAUAUGCAGCUGGAGGCCGUGACUUCUGAACUGCAAUAUUUACUAUCUUAGUACUUAUACAUGGGGAGGUGUUUGCAGGGCUAGAUUAAGCUGGCUGGUCAAACGCAGAACUGAUUCAGAAUCUUAUAUCGUGUCCAGUUUAAUUCACCUAAAAGGCAGUACAGGCAUCUCUUGUUUUAAACCUCAGAAAUAGGGAGGAUAUUUGUUGUUACUCACAAUGAAAUAUUCUUUAGUCUCUCAAGUUCGAAAAAACAGGGAAACAGAGAGAUAGCUGUGGUUACAGAUCUUCAAAAGACUGAGAGAGAAAAAUGAGGACUGAAAGACCAAAGAGAACAACAAAACAAACAAAAGUGAAUUUAAAGGGGAAAAAAUCAAAACCAUCAUAAAACACUCAGCAGCUACUUUUGAAGACACAGGCUGUGGCUUUCGUUUUCAUUUCAGUUUAUUCCUCACACAGGCCUCCAACAUCAAAGUCGAGCAGGAUGACUCGGUGUUUGCUGUUUUCUUGUUGAGUUGUUUUUUCGCACAGCGCCCUUUUUUAAGUUUUCAUUUGUCGGAUUUGUAUGAAUUUUAUGACUCCUCAGAUGAGAUGAACAAGCAAAGUAAAUCUUUAGUCCCUGAUUGAUAUUCAUCUAAAUCCUUAAGUCCUGCAAUUAUUAGGUUUCGAUUACGAUUGGUGAUUAUUUAGAGAAGCUUUCCGUUCUUAACAUUGGCCAUCUUGUUUUUGUUUGAGGCCUUGAUGUGUGCAUAUGUUUUCUAUUUUACAGAUUUUAAGCUGUAGCUGAAAUACACUUACCAGACACUCUAUUGGGUAUACCUUUCAAGUAAUGAGUUAGGCCCCCUUUGCCCCCUUUGGACUGCCUUAAUUCUUAAUAGCAUGAAGUUUCUGGAAGCACUCCUCAGAGAUUUAGGUCCGUAUUGAUAUGAUAUUAUGACGCAGCUGCUGCAGAUUUGUUGGCUGCAGACAGUUUGGUCAUUAAUAGUAACCAGGUGUCUGUAGGAUUGGUAUUAAAGGGAUAUUCCUGUGUAAAAUUAAUUUAGGGUCAAACACACCGUAACACCCCCUCGAGAGAUUAAUGUUGCCAAACGUUUGCCUCUCUAGUUAUACCAACUUUAGUAACGACCACACAAUAGCAAUUCACAGCGGUCUGAGGAGCCAUAAACAAUCCUCAACCAAAAAGCCACUCUAUAGCCACAAAUAAUGUUCAGAACAGCACCUAACUUCAUCAACAGUACAUAUAGGGUCCUAGCCAUAGUGCUAGCCACCAAACAUCUUUUUAGUUUUGCCUAAUUUCUUUGCAAAGAGACUAAACACAACUCACCUACUCUCUUCCAGCAGCCGCUAGUUUGUAGCAAGACCUCGGGCCAGUCCAUUACGGACUGCUGCGGGGUGACGCAGCUCAAGGAAGAACAUUUAUGAUCAUUUCUUUAUCAUUUCCUUGAAGUAAUAAUCACCAUAUCAAUCAUUUUGCACUGCAGACGCAGUAGUUCUUCUGCCUUAGCGACUCGGUCUGAUUGCAUUUCCAUGAAGAAAUGAUCAUUUACGCGGGAAUAUCCCUUUAAUGAGCCCAAAGUGUGCCUAAGAAAUAAAAAUGUCCCCCACACCAUAGUAACACCACCACCAUCCUGAACCUUUGAUAUGUGGACCCAUACUUUCAUGCCAAAUUCACUCUGCCAUUACAACAUUUCAAGACUCAUCAGCCCAGUCGAUAUUGAAAUGUAUAUGAAAAUAGCCAGUGUGUGAAUUUACCUUAAAAGCUUUAUAUGACAGAUGAUUAAAUAUAUGAUAAACAUACAUUACAUGAUAAAAAGUCAUACAUUUUCAACAAUUAUGCUUACAAGCUUUGUUUCCAUCCUGUUUCUUUCUCAUAUCCAUCGACUUGAAUACUCGGUUUCAACAGCAAAACACAUUUGUGUAAAAAUAUCUCUCGUCUCAGAAAUAUUAUUACUGUAAUUUGCUUCCCUUGUAAGCGAAUUCUUUCUUCCUGUGCGGACAAAUAGCUUUGUUGUUUCUGUUUGUUGUGUUGCUCAGCAGGCACUACCUGAUUUAUUGGAGGAGCUCAGAGGAUAUAUUUAAAUUGUGGUUCCCCCUGAAACUUUAUUCAGACUCUGAAAGGUGUUGUAAGGUGUUCAUUCACACCCCAGGUGACAGCAUCCUUUUAGAGCUGUUGAUUUGCUGUCCCACUCUGAAACAGCGUAUUACACAAUGGCAGUUUCUCUGUUCUCCCUAGAGGUGACAGCAUGUUAUUAUAGUCAUCUGGUUGUUGUUUAGACAGAAUUGGUUCUCUCUCGCAGUCUAAAAAGCUCUGCAGGCUGUAUAUCCGCCAGCUAAUCGUGGUUAAUAAUGCAUAGUUAAAUGUAUUUGUCAGUUACUGUUUUAUCCAUUUCAGACAAUCAAGUGCUGAAAGCCUUUACUCUCAGCGUGUCAUAUAAAUAGCCUGUCAUUUGUACUAAAAAGCUAAUGUAAUUAUUAGGUGUUUGUAUUAAGUAUGGUGCAUUAUGUUCAUUAUAAAAUUUACAUGAACAAUGGGUCCCUUUGUGACACAAUCAGAUCUUAAUGGUUGAAUCGUAAACUCAGGACGAGUGGUCUUGUAAGGCAGAUUAAACUCGGCCUGAUUGGACUGUAGGGCCCGUGUUUGACACAGCUGCUGUGAUGAUAAUGGGACUGCUGGCAUGUGAACCUUACAUUUCCCAUAAUGACACUUGCACCCUGCUGUUCAUCAUGUUGCUGUGAUGAUGUUUUCCACUCCCAGUUUCACAGAGAUACUGUAGAUGAUACCGGUGCACAUUAAUUUUAAUUAGCUUGAUUGAUGCUAAUCACUGUUACUCCGCCCAGAGUGCUUGUGCCUCACAGCUACUCACCAGUCCUAUAUUUCAGAAGGAUAUAUACUCAAAGAUUUUCCCCGUCUCUCCAUGUCCUGGACUAAGACUUGUUUGAUCAAAGCAGAUUGUUUCGUGAUGUGAUGACAUAAUGCAGCGCUGAUGUUUGAGUGCACAGUUGCUGCCCAUACACCAGUCUCUUUUAUCUCCCUCCCAUGUGAACACAAGUCUUGGCUGUAUUUCUAAAUAUUAAAUGACCUCCCGUGCAGUAUUCUACUUUUAGAAAGAGGAAGCUGGAAGAAAAUGGAGACAGAGAGAAAAAGGAACUUUCUGUGUGCUGUAGUGGGGGUUUUAUUGAUCAGUUUCCAAGUGCAGAAUAUCAGCAAAAAUAAGGAAAGCAUGCUGUUGUUUCAAGUGACCUGACACCUUCUUCUUUGGAUUGAGGGUAGAGAUCCUUUUGCAAGAGAUGGGUUGUAUUCCAUUUAAAUUUUUUGCUCCUAGGGCCUGGCAUAAAUAUUUAUGAAUAUUUCUCUAAUUAUGCAAGAAACAGAAAUGUUAAAAUGAGAAACAUGAUAGAUAAAUUAAUGGGCAAUAACAUGGUAUGAAGUUAUAGUGCAGACACUAAAAUAUCCUCAAGUUGAACAAUACAAAACGUAUUUUUUUAUGUGUAAAUUGAACAACAAAGUCCUACAUUUUAAAUAUUUAAUUUUAUCAACUUUGUUUCCUACAUGAAAUUAAGUUUAAAGCUUUGGGAAGUUAUUAAAUCUUUAAUUUAAACCAUUAAAAAAAACCUCUUAAAGCAUAUAAUAACAAAUCAGACUCAGCAUUCAGUGCCAACUUUAUAUAUAUGUGACCUUUCCCCCUACUUUUAGUUGCAUAAUUAUGUGUUUGCCAUGACAACUCUGUAACCUUGGUUCUUGCAUAACAGCAAUAUAUUCAAACACUCAGCUCUGGAAAGUGACUCAAAAGGCAUCGAUUAAACCAAGUCCUCCAGGUUAUGGCUUUAAACAAACGGGAUCACAUCAUAUACAACAAUUUAAUAACAAAUACAAAAGUCAUAAUCCGUUUAUAAAAGGUAUUCUAGAUAAAGUGAUGGAGCUGGAGCUAAAAGCCUUUUGGCUUGUUGGCUGGUUUCAGCUCUUCACUGUGAAGGGUAUCUCUAUAUCUAGUCUUCGUCUGCCUCUCCUCUCACUCACUGUGUCAUGCACAAUUUCCUUCGCUGCAAAAGUCUUGUCAGGAUGAAACCAUGGCAACAGUUGGCUGUCAUCUUUUAAUGCUUCCUCCUGCUUGGAACAGGUCCAUUAAACAAGAAGUCGUCCAUUAUCUCCUUGAUGUGUCCCAUGUGGAAAGAUGCGUAGCUGUGCAAUAAGUCAGACCACCUCUAAUGUUUGACAUUGAUAUGGACACAGGCGACAGCUUAAAAAUCCAAUCACACAUGCGUUCAUGUGCAGGCAUACUUGUUUAUGUUACUCCAGAUUAACCUCAACAAGCACAUAUGAGUAUUGAUGAGAGGAUAGCGUGCCAGGUGAACCACAGAGAGCUGUAAAGGUUGUUUAUGUAGAUCUUUUUGGUAUGAUGUUCACUCUUUUUGAUGUAAUAUUUAUAGAGCUUGAUUCGCCCCCACUCUCUCGCUCUCUCUCCUGCUUUCUAUCCCCUCCCUGCUCCACUCCUCCUUAACCGAGCUGUAGAUGUUGCUGAAAACCUCAGAUGUCUGUCUUGCGUGAGAGCAGAUCACAGAGAAGGACUCUUCCUUUUGGGCUGUUUUCUCACCGCUCCUCUCUUUUUCUUUCUGCUUCUUCUUCUCACUAAUUCCAUAUCAGCAGCAGCAGCUCGACACAGAGGCUCGGGCAGACAUCCAGUCUCACACUUGGUAAUGAAAUGAAGGUCAAGAUUAUUUCCCCUGGUCGAUGGCAGAUGGAGAGAGUGGCAUUGGCUCGGCAUGAACUUUGUAAAGUACAGAAGAGUCAAUUUUGAAAGAUUACAGAGUAUUGCGAAAGAUUAUCUGUGUAAGUCGAACCACUGCAGGGCCCACGCCAAGACCAGAAUAACUGAUGAACUAAUCAAGCUGUUAACACAUUGGUUGUGUGAAACUGCUGCCAUGUUGAUCUAAGCUGUUAAAUUCCAAACAUGGUGAUUUGACUUUUUUUUUAUGCAGCCCAGUUAACAAACCCCAAAGCGCACAUUUUAAGUCCUUCUUAGAGGCUUUAUCCCCUCCCCGGCUUCAGUGAGUCUGAUUUAUUGUUUUGCUUUUUCGGUCUUUAUUGAAGAGCUUUUACUUUUACAUUCAGUCCUUCACAUAGUGUCAGUAUGACUGCAAGUAAAGUCACUGCGCACAUUUAAAACAGGAGGAAAUGGAAAUCAGAAUGAGAUGAAGUUUGACCUUGUAGUUAAUGUAAGAACUUUAAAGGAAAAUGACAGUCUCUUCACAAAAAAACAUUACAUUUCAUUUAUUAUUUCCAUCUUUUCAUCAUUUGUCAGUAGUUCGGAUUUUAGUCAUUUCCUUGUGACGUCUUUUUAGCUUACUUUUAUCAUUUGUAUCACACCCACUGAAUAUUUAUCAUCUCUAGAAGGGGUGUUUAUGAUUAUUGACUGUUUUUGAACAGCUUUUUCGAAGACAUCACAUUUAAACCUUGAAAUAACUAUGGAGGGUAAUAACAGCAUCAGCAAAACAGACUUGUUAUAGAUUGACUUUGUUGUUGAUGAUUCAGAUAAUGGAAGAGUUAACGUCUGUUUUUUUAUUCCUGUUAAUAUUUAGACCACAAAGGUAACACUUGAAAUGUUAAAUUCAUAUGACAAAAACAACAGCUAGAAAACCUCGUGACCCUCUGUUUUCAUGAGUCAGAGUUGAGAAGUGCAGGAACACUGUUGAUUCAUGUCUACAUGCUUUUGAUUUGUUGUGUUCAAAACAGAAAAAAGCAAUUAUUACCCUCUGUAAUUGCUGUUUUGAUUUGUAUCUAAUAACCAACACGGCUGUGCCACCGCUUUCUUCACAAACACACUCCUCCUCCUUCUCUCUUACUCUCUCUCUCUUUUUCUCUCUCUCUAUCUCUGUUGCUGAAAUGAGCGAUAGCACACCUGUCUGGUUUGGGGCUAUAUUGUCUUACCUUCCUUUAUUUACCUUCUUUAUUUCCUCCUCCUUUUCCUCCUGUUUUUGUGCUCCCGUAUCCGCUGACCUUGUCCCGCCCCAACGCCUGCCUGCCUGCCUGCCUACCUGCCUGCCAGAGGGUACAGAAGGCUGCCAAAAUCAAGAAAAAGGCGGUGUGUAAUAAACAGAGCAAAAGGAAGACCCUUUGGCCUUUUCCCCUCCACUCUCACCCUUUUGUUUUUCAUUCAAAUUUUGCCUGUUUUUGUGUAUCCUCUCCCAUUCGUGUUUUUGUCACCUUUGGAGUGUUGAUUUUUUUAGUAAAAAAUAUAUAUUUGUCAGGUUUUCAAAGAUAAAGACAGAGGAGUUUUAUUUUAUGAGGACACUGACAUCUCGACAGUCAGUCUUUCAUAAACCUGAAGGUAAAAUAAACUCAAACUGAGUCACUCUAAGUAAUUACAGGUAUCUGUAAUAAUGGCAUGUCUUUUUAAUGUCUCAGGAUCCAAAACUAAAAUUAAGUAUUAUAACAAGACAAAUAUAAUGUGUUUGUAAAAGGCAUAUCAUUAUAAUAAAAGAUAAAGGUGUUAUUGUAAACCAUAAGAGAAAUCAUAUAUAGUCAUAAGCACAUGCUUAAAGAAGCACAUCUAUAGGAAAGUGGAACAAGGCUGUGUCAUUCAUAAAUUCACGUUUUAACAAUAAAGUGCUGUCAUUACUCUGCAGCAGCACUUUCAUUGUUCUCUUGGAUCAAAAAGUGUGUUCUUUUUCAGUGAGGGAUAAUAUGUAGUGAGCAGGUGCACACUGGUUUAGUGAGUGUCUUACCCACCCUGCCAGGAUUCUAGUUUGCAUUACCAUCCAUUCAUUAUACAUUCUCUGGCUUUUCACUCCGCUACCAGCUCAUCAAGUGGAAACAAAAUCUUGAUUUAGGACGAUUGUAUUGAUUUCAAAAUUGAUUGUUUACACAAUUAAACAAAAAGAAAGUCCAUAGCCGGCAGUGGUCCCAUGGCUUAUCAGCGGUCCUCGGGGGAUAAUUUAAAAAUUAAAUGGAACAUUUCGAAUUAAUAUCAAAUUAAAACAAGAGUCUGUUUAUUUUUUCUAAUUUAAUUCCAAUAGUUUUGGCACAGUGUUUACCAAAUGAGAAUACUAAUGUUUUUGCUGCAGUGUCAACAGACAGUGGUGAUUGAUUUUACAUAUAUAUAUAUAUAUAUAUAUAUAUUAAUUUAAGUAUUUAAGUGAAUAAAACUGAGCACAAGCAAAUGUUUGAAAUUCAGCUCAAACUGUAAGACUUUUCAGUUUAAAGUUGGAUCUAAUUUUUAAUCCAGGUUUUGUUUUACAUUGCAGACCAAACUUCUCUCUGAUUUAGACACUUUUCUUUGUCUCAUUCAGAAAGUAAUGUUUGCUUUAAUGUCUGGUUCAUACCUGGUCUCAAGCCCUUCAAUAUUUUGAGAUACUUUGGUAGCAGGAUUAUCCCUCAAUUUUAGGUCAUGUAGUGAACAAGUGAUUAGAUGAAGCAAUUCAUAACAAAACAACAGCAUUUGAAGCUCCUGAAAUUUAUAGAAAUACCUUUUAAUGGUAUGAUAAAGCAAACAAAACCAUCAGCAACAAGAUGUCCCAAUUUUUCGAUGUCUGGAACUGGUGCGAAGGGCUAGGUGUCAGCCAAGCAGCUGUAGAAACUAUGGUGUUUUUCCAAAAGUGUUCAUAAUAAAUGAUACUUUUGACAGUCCAAAGUCAGCAGGAUAUAUAUUUUUUUACUUAAGCAUGUAAAAGAUAAGACAAGCAAUGACUAAUUUGUCCACAGGGGGCGACAAAACUGACACAAACUGAAAGUUCCUCACAGGAGCUUUAGAGAAAUAGUUCUUAUUAUUUUUACUUUUACCUGUUGAUAUCCAGGUAAAGCAUCAAGCAUCACACAGUCUAAAAUCAAUCAUGGUGAAGUCUGGUUCUAACCAGACCUUUAGAAAAUGUGGAUUGUCAUAUUUUCAGUGGAUUUCAGUGGAGAGAGUGGCUGCACUCACUAAUGUUAUUAAGUAAGCUUAUUUUUAUUGUGUACAUUCAAAAGAUGUUCGAGGCGCUAAUUCUUGAAAGUUGCAGACACUGGAAAAUAAGCUGCACCAAAAAUAAACCUUGCAUCUUUUGUUUGUACUCAUGCAUCUUGAGUCUUGGUUGAGAUAAAAAUAAAGAUGCUAAUGACUGUAGCAAGCCAUAGUUUCAAAUAAAAUGCUGCACUAAUUACAGCUGUAUGUGUUUUAUUGAUAUUUUUUGCACCAGUGACUCAUUUCUAAACCACAUCACGCAGUUUUAAUUAGGCGAAAGCAAAUCCGAUUUUAUUAGUCUGCACCUCACAGUGGUUAGAUGGAAAUGUGUGCUGGCUUGUUCUGCGCUGAAGCUGCAUUGCCCUCACUGGUAAAACAACCAGCUGGUCAGAGUUUAGUGUUAAGCUGUCUCGUGUUUCUGUGCCAGCUCAGCAUCCUCAUGCCAGGACAGUCGAUGUAUAUUUUCACCACUGCCAAGCGCUUUCUUUUUCUGCUUUUUAUUCCGCCUCACCUCAAGACUCAACAAUCUGUCCAUCUAACAAGUACUUCUCAAGCUGGAUCCUUAACUUUUCAUGCAUGCAAUUUGGAUUCCUCAACUAAUACUCCUCUACCUUGGAGACAUACACCAUCCAGGCAGUUUUGAGUGUGUAUCAUGAGCAGACAAAUGCGGUACAAAAAUCUUGAAUAGAGUAAACAUCAAGGAGGACGAUCGGACAAACUCUUGUCUUCUUUUUCUUUCUGCAGAGCGCAGACGGAGAUGCUACAACCCUGACAGAGGUCGAUCUGUUCAUCUCUACCCAGAGAAUCAAAGUCCUCAAUGCAGACUCACAGGUGAGUACGAGAGAGCAGGGUGGUCAGUCUGUACUCUGUCCAAAAUCUGUUUAGGUAUUAAGACAUACAGGGCUGUACAAUAGUGUUGCUGUGUCACCGUUGACACACACCGCUUGUUACAAAACCACACCACUGAUUUUUAUUUAUUUAUUUAAUCUCAUGAUGUCACUGUCAGAGUUUGCAAAGCCUAAAAAUACUGCACGCAACAUCUGUCCCUGUAGCAGCGCAAGCUGUUUGACUGCAGCACAGUCUGCCAACCUUGUGUUUGUAACAACACGUUUUUUUUUCAUACCUUAAUAGCAGUUUGAUUAUCCUGCAACAACACACAAACACAUCCGUAUUGAAUGAGUCAUUUAUUAAAAUGCUGUUUUUAAAUUUAUUAUGAAUUCCUGCUGUGAUGACGCUUUGUUUACGCCAAUGACAAGGUUAGCAUCUAGUGAAUAUCAGUAUAAUUUUUGUGAUUUCUGCUUUUAAUAUGCUUUUUGGCUUAAUAAACAUAUGAAGCUUCUUCAGCAUCAUCUUAUUCUUAGAUCCUCUUGUAUGUUUUAGGGGGCAAAAUAUGACAAACAUAAAAAAACUAAGUUCUGAGAAUUAAACUCAAACUAUAGUAGGGUCACAUGUCAUGACACCACCUAACUAAGUUUCAAGCUACACCUUAGUGCAACGACCUCACUACUUACAACAACCUUUGUGGUCUAACUUAGCCUCUGCCUCAUGUAGUACUAGCUGAAAGUUGAUAAUUAACAAGAAUAAACAUGUUUUAUGGACUUUCCAGACACUAAGAAGUAGUCUUUGAUCUGCAAAUUCAAGCCUAACGAAGGUGAUCGCCAUAAUAGAAUUCUAACUGAAUUUAACUUCUGACUCAUCCAGCUCCCACCUAACCCUAAAAAAAAACCAUUUACAUCGGGUUUGAGAUGAGCCAGAAAUGCAGAAAUUCUUACUCAUUUCUGGAUUUUUUACUCUCAUUUCUGCUGUACUCUGUUGCUGACUGCCAUACGUCUUAUAAACAACCUACAAAGUCAGAUUAUUAAAUAAUUCACUUUUACUUUUAUUUAUUUUACUCAAGAAAACAAAUACAACAAAUAGCAACAAAGAUAUUUAAAGCCUCUGCCUUAAUAUUGUUUAAAAGUUGAGAAAUGCCAAAUUAGCAUGCAAAAAAAACUCCAGAAUAUUAAAGUAAGGACCUUUUAGAGUCUUUAUAGAAAAAAAAAACUGUCAGAUAAAUACUUUUAACAAGACUCCUCUUCACUGCCGGCACUUCGUCAAAGUUUUUUUGCCUUUUAACUGAAGUUGGAGAAGCGCUGUAAGACAGCAGUUCAAGUCUGCACAGCAGGUUAAGUCUUUGAAAGGAGCAGAAGAGCUUCUGAGGGGUUCGCAGCGUUGUUGUAUCAUAAAUAGAGCGUCGUGCUCACAGUCGCACUUAAAUGUACAUGUGACAGAUGAGUCAUUUGCAGUAUAUCAGUCUGAGCUGCCAUUCUGUCUAGCUGUCAGAAUGUGGAGUGUGUAUAUAUGUGUGUGUGUAUAUGUGUGUGUGGGCAGCCACCUGGCAGAAACUGAUGUGCUGCAAUGCAGUGUAGAUCUUCCUCCUAUAUCCCUCUAGUUGCUUCUGGUUUAUGUAGUCCUUUAAGGAGACAUUCUGAUUAAAAAUCCUCCUUUCAAUCUAAAUUCUUGAUGCUACUUUCAUGGAGAUUCUGGCAUUUAUUGAUUAUACCAACAUCUCCAAAGGUGGCUAUGAAAGGACUAAAACUAUCCAACCCCAAAAUAACAUUUACUCGACUGAAAUGUUUUUAUUGAUAUGACUAAAGUCAAAUCUAACCCUCAGACUCUGCCUCUGUGUGGGUCCACAUCCUCUAAAUGGCAGAAAGCGAGUGUAUUGCACUGCAGAAACAAUGCCUCAUAUAAUCUUCAUGAAGACUCAGGACAAUUACUCGGCUGAGUGAACAAACAUGAUUACACAGUUCAGAUCACUGAGUUUCAUCAACAUAAACACUCUCUCUUCAGUUUUUCUCCAGCUUCUGUUUGUUAUUUUACGGAUGAUCAUGAACUCAAGAUCUAAUUUAUGGGGCCAUUAUUUGGCUGUAAUCUGAUUAUACACUCCUGUUGAAUUCAGUCUUAACCCCAGAACACUAUCGCUAAAAUUAGUAACACCAUCACUGAGUUUUACCCGAAAUAAUAUACCCAAGAAAAAGUAUUUGUCAUCAAAAUAUAUCAAAAUAGGACAAAACAUGACAAAUUAAGGUAGUUUUCUUUUAUUUUUGACUAUGCAAUGUCCAAAGGGAGAGAAAAAAAUGCAACAAAUGCAACAAAAUAGCUGAAGUUAGGCAUUUAUGAACAAAAGAUCCUAAAAAAAAAUGUAUAGAAAGUGUAAACUUAGUUUCUUUUCCACCCAUUCCUGGAGCAUGUGCGUCUUCCCUGGUGAAGACUCAGGGUCCUUGGUACAAUAACAGCUGCAGGAGAGAGAAAACCAAAAUAUGGCAGAUUUUGAGUGAGUGAAAAUGACCAGCUGACUAAAAUAUUUCUUAUCACUAUAUGAAUUCCCUCGAAAAUCACUGCGUUGUGAUAGUUAUUCAUAACCACUGCGCUUAAUAAAGAGAGCAUGCAAAUUCCAGGACCACUCUUACUGACCUUAUUCCCUACAUGCAGCGAUCAAAUCCACCCAAACCUACUUUAUCACUGCUGCCGGGUGAAAAUCACCCUGUGAACACGUGCCUGUAGGAAAAAACGGGUUUUGGAUCAGGGAAACAAAUAUGCCUUCAAAGAUGUAAAAGGCAAUGCUGAAGCUACUCAGGGACCCAUGAUACUCAGACAAACACAACGUAAUGAAAAUCAUGUAAACAUGUUUGGUCAGGUGAAAGUCACCUGGCGAUAGUGUUCCAGGGUUAAGAAGGCCUGUCUGUUUGUUUGUUUGUUUGUUUGUUUGUUUGUUUGUCUGUUUGUUUGUUUUUAAGACAUACACUGUAGACUCAGGCAGCAAGAAAACAAAUAACCUUGUCCAGCUGUAGUAGUCAUUGUGGAUUAGCUCACUGAGUCUCAUGAAAACCCACUUUUUCAUUAUCUACAGAGGAUGUACAUUAGACAUAGACAGUAUAGAAAAAUGAUGUAGUCAGUUUAUAAUUGAUAAAUACAGAUAUGAACCUGGUCGUCUCUUGUAGCUGAGCAGCAGUGAAGCAGACCUGCAUCGAUGACGUCACCAGCGUUUUUGGAGAAGGACCUGAGGCGCUGAAUUAUUAAAAUGUCUCCGUGUUCAUAUGCUUUUUAUGUUUCACACGCUGGAUGUUGCUGAAUUAAUUUGAUUUCCUGACUCAUCAUUGUGAAUUACACAUGUGCGCAUAUCACAGGAGGAUGAUCACGGCUGCUUUCAUCCAGCCACGGUCUUAUUUUUUAUUAUCUGUGGAGCAGCUUUAUGUUAAAAUGACGUCAUCUUAGUCGACUGUUACACUGCUGUUCAGCUCUCAAAUACACAUUUUAUAACAACGCUGAGCUGUUCUGUAUAACAAGAACAGGAUUAUCGAGUAAGAGAUGUUUUUUUUUCCUCUUAUGUUUGUUAUUUUUGGCCAACAAUACCCACAGGAGACAAUGAUGGACAACGCGCUCCGUACUAUAUCCUACAUUGCUGACAUUGGGAACAUUGUGGUCCUGAUGGCGAGGCGCAGGAUGCCACGCACAGCCUCGCAGGACUGUAUUGAAACUACGCCAGGGGCGCCAGAGGCAAAGAAGCAGUACAAGAUGAUCUGCCACGUGUUUGAGUCUGAAGACGUAAGUGCUUUUUGAGCUGCGAAGUUCACAAACCUGCCGAGUCUGUUAAUGUGUUAAUGGGGGAAUCCUCCUGGGCUGGGAGCAGGUGAGAGGUUGCACAGUUGACAGCCACCACAGGAAGUCUGUUAUUAUGUAAGAGGGCUCAUCUGCAAGAUUAAAUCUCCUGCAUCUAAAGAUAGUAAAGAGAGGGCUCUGGUUAUGGCUUUUUAAAUGAUGUGAUUGGCGGAUAUUAUUCCAACCUCCCACUUAUCACUUAUUAUUUUACUUUUCCUCUCUCUGGAAACAGACCACGUUAUUUAUCCUGAACAGUUUUUCAUGAUUUUUGCACCUUGCUGCUAAUUUUGUUGCUCACAGAAAUUCAAAAACUGUGUUAGGAAAGCUGAAUCUAACUUUUGUUUAAAUCGGAUCACGCGCUCCUCCUCAAAAUCCUGCAAAGUUUUGGAAAGCAGAUAAAAACAAGACUUCCAAACCAUCUCCUGUUAAAAAAAGACAUGAUUCUGUGCUUUCAUGAUGUGGUUUCCUCUUUGAAUAACUGUCAUGCCCAUCUCUAUGCAGAUGACAGAGUUUUAUAUUGUUUUGCAGUUUCUGUACAAAUAGCUUUCAAACAUUUGCAGCUUGUUUUUAAUUCAUAUCAAAAAUCCCUGAUCGAUCAUGAACUGCAACUACAUGCAAACCAAGCUAAAUUUAUGCUGUUUUCCAGAGCCAGAAACAUUGGGUAUAAGAAUUUACACACAUUCCCUUUAAAUGGUUCAGAAAUUCAGAGAGUAACAGGAUAAAAAUAUAUUGGCAUAUCCCACCGAGCAUCUUUUGGUCUAAAAGAGGUCUAAUAGACGUCUAAAUGUAGCCUAGACCACAAGUCUAACAAUGAAAGUUUUUUAGACAUCUAAAUUUAGACCAAGUUUAGACUCGCCGGCUAACAGAGGUCUAACUGUAUAUUGCUAAACAGCUAUCAUAGUUACUUUGGUUAAGUACUUAGAGAUCAGUUAUGCAACUCACAAUUGCUUUUUGAAAUAAAUAGUUAUUGAGUAAUGGGUUAAAGUGCAAUGUCUAAACUCUGUCUAAAAAUAUACAGAAUCUAGGCGGUUGAAAUUAGGUCUAAAAAAAAACUAGACAUCUAACAGCCGUCUAUUGCGCAGUGGGAUGGCUUGAUGAAAACUCCAUGUGAAUAUUCUUGUGUCCAGUAAAUCCAGAACCCCUUUGUCCUGUAGGAGAAGAAUUGUUGAAGUUGUGUGUUUGUCUGUUAUGAACCACGAGAAUAUAAUUUACAGACACGCAGCAGCCUCAUUUAAAACCUCUCGACCCUUAGAUUUAUCACGAGUGACAGAUAUGAUGUUCAUCAUUGUGUCCUGUAUCAGGAGGUUGGCUGGAGUGUAAUCCUGUAACAUACAUGACCCGCUCCUCCCAUCUGUUAAAACUUUAAGUUUAAAGUAAACAAAAUGACGUUCAUGAAACGCUCUCCAACAAACCAUACAGAAGUUCCUCCAUCUCUAGCAGAGUUUAGGACUUUGAUUUCUCACCAUUUGGUUCAGAUUGUUUGUGUUUUAACUGAUUUUAAUUGUCUUGUAAAUUAUAUUGACAGUAUGUCUGCUUGUUUUGAUGUGUAGUAACCUCAAGAUAUGAGGAAAACCUCAGUGUCCUUUGGAGAAUAAAGGUUCGAACUGGACUGAACUGAACUGAAUGAAACAUUUCUUUCCUCAUUUCAAGACUGAAGGCUGCUGCGUGUCUUCUUAAAGCAGACUCCAGAAGACCUGGCACCAUGAACAAUGUUGUAAAGAAGAGCCAGUAGCUGAGUUUCUGGGCCAGUCAGUCAGAAUAGAGGCUGGACUCCAAUCUGUCCUCUCUUCAUCUCAUUUAGCUGCCAGGUUUUCAAGGCUGGACAGAGUUAUAAUAGAAGCAUUCAGCCGCUCAUCCUUCAACUUAUAAACUGUUUCUGUUAUUGUGGCUCCACUGGCUGCCUGCCUUGUUUGCCUCUUUCUGACUCUUUUUUGUUCGUAUUGUCCUGCAAAACUAAUUCAACAGCUAUUGAUUUUGAGUGUUUGGGACAUUAACGUCUCCAAAUUCUACAAGAGAUUUAUUUACAAGAACAGAAUUCAAUUAAACCGAAGAAUGGGGGGAAAACACAGCCUGCAGAACAACCUUCUUAACUCUCCUGAUCUAUGUUAUCUCUCACAGCCAAGAAAAGCCUUUGCGUUUUAAAGUUUUUACAAAUUAAUGCGUCACAGUUUUUAUUCUCUUAUAACUUUUAAAAUGUUUGGGGGUAAGGAUGGGUGGAGCUCAAUCCCCUCAGCUCUGACAAAUGAGCUUAGUAACAACAAAAAACUUGUGUUCAAGAACCGCAUGGUACUUUGGAGAAAAGCGUCUGCUCAAUGACUUUUGUUCAUGAAACAAUCUGAUAAGACUCAGAAACAAAGUAAUGAUACAAGAGAGGGAUUUCUUGUUCAUCCAAGAAAUACUGGUCCUCGCAGCAUUAUUGAUUGUUUUAUAGAAGUUUUGAAAACCUAUCCACUCCUGUAUAGUGCAGAAGUAUCUCUUUGUUUUGAAUUGAUCCUAAAAAUGACUGAAUCUUCCCCUGUGAAGCUUCAAUGGUCGGUCAGUUCAUCACCGGAGUAAAGACAGCAAAUUAAAUACUGUAGGUUUUGUCUUACUGCCCACUGAUAUCUUUUAACUCCAUUUGCAGGGAACAUCUUAACCUCCUUGUUCUCCUCUCUCCUCUUUAAAAGGGAACAAAUAGCUCAUGACGGUGGAAAUCAAUUUAUAUUACAUCCCAGCACAGCCUUGGCAUAUUCAGUGCCACUAUUACUGGAUGCCAACAGUGUGUUUUUGCUGCUUAUUGUUUUUAUCAAUACACAUCAUGGUGUUGAUCAGCCUCCGUGAAUAGAACAACACUCGGUCAUAAAUCCCGCUUCUUCCUCUCGCUCACAGGCGCAGCUCAUCGCUCAAUCCAUCGGCCAGGCGUUCAGCGUCGCCUACCAGGAGUUCCUGAGAGCCAACGGCAUCAACCCCGAAGACCUGAGCCAGAAGGAGUACAGUGACAUUAUCAACACCCAAGAGAUGUACAACGACGACCUUAUUCACUUCUCCAACUCUGAAAACUGCAAAGAGGUUGGUCGACAUUCUACUUAAAGUCUAGUUCGGGUUUGAAUUCCUCACAGCUCAAAGGUUAUCUCUGCAGAUACUCAAUGUGUUGGUUUGUUCAACACAGUUCAACUUAACAUGUGCGGCAUAAAUCACACUUCAGCUGCAGGGCUGAUAGAGAAACAUACAAGUUUACUCAUCGGACAGAAUAAACAGAUGGUGAGUAAAAGUACUCAGAUAAUGUGAGCUUUUUCAUCAACACUUUGCACCCAAAGCAUUGACUGGAGGUUUUUUUUUUCUUUUUUGGCAAAUUAGAGGCUGUGAACAGUUUCUGCUGUGUGAGCAAAGAGGCUGUAUGAAACCCCCACACAGCUGCUGUUUCAGAGGCUCAUCGGUCAUUUUAAUGUGAUUUGGGAAACUGAGUUUUCUUAAGGCAGUAAAGCUUCUUAACCAACAGUCCAGAUUUAUGCUUUUGUUUCGAGAGGACGGUAUGAGUACUCCCAUCUUCCUCAGAGCAGGAUAACAAACUCCACAACAAGAAUGUGUGAAGAAGAGCACAAAGUUUGGAUCUGGAAGGCCCGUGAAUUCAGUGCUCAAAUAAAAACAACAGGACUGUCACGUCUUUCUCAAAGAUGGCAACAGAUUCACAGUUUUAUGUUAAAUUCAGUGUUUUAUAUAGUUUUAUAGAUGGCUAAAUGUGGGUGUACAAGACAUCAAAAUCAUUUUUAAUACCUGAUAAAAUAUUUUAUGCUGUGUUAAGGUAAUUAUGGUCAUGUCUUCAUGUCUGGUCCUUGAAUUGAUUUAUUUUUUAAAGGUAUUAUUUCAAAUCCAGCUCCGAGGUCUGCUUUUAUGCCACAGAGUUUCAUUCUGUUUCAAGGAAGAGAGCUGGAAAUAAAAGUGCUGAAAAGAGUGGAUUUCAAGCAGAUAUCAAAAGGAUUCAUAGCGCUUUAACUACAACUAGGUCUCGGGGCUUUCUCGUUUGAUUUAAAGCUGAAUCUAGAAAGCUACUUGGAAAGUACUGAAAAAUGAAGAACACUUACAGUCAGCAGGAUUUCUUCUUUUUUCACUCAGAGCAGCUGUGAAAAAACAGCCAUGCUGACAUUAGUGUGGACUGGGAUGAAGGAUAGAGCAUAAUCGUCUACGAGGCUUUAUGCAUUAUCAAUUUCUGUUUGUGUUUUGCCUCGUCUGUGAAAAUUAAACUCCCUCUCGUUCGAUAAAUUUGAAUAGGGAAGAUUGUCGAGGGUGAAAACUAAGUAAAACCUGCUAAUACAGGACGAAGUGAUAGAUAGGAUUGAGUGUGAGUCUUAAAUCUGUCAGUUAUCACUUCCCUCAUAUUGUUUUCAUCGGUCUGGGUUUGUAGAUAAUGAGCCAAAAACUCUGAGCCAACAGACUGAAAGAGUCUUCCUCCUUUUCACAGCUGCAGCUGGAGAAGAGUAAAGGGGAGAUCCUGGGCGUGGUGAUUGUGGAGUCUGGCUGGGGCUCCAUCCUGCCCACAGUUAUCUUGGCCAACAUGAUGAACGGCGGGCCAGCAGCGCGCUCUGGCAAGCUCAGCAUCGGGGACCAAAUCAUGUCCAUCAACAACACCAGCCUCGUGGGGCUGCCACUCGCCACCUGUCAGGGAAUCAUCAAGGUACACACACAGGGGACGGAGCGCAACUGGAAGAGUCCGUCAACAAAAAGGAAAAAACAUCAUUAACAAAUAUAAUUAACCCUGAAAUGUUUGUGUGUUUUGUGGGUUUAAGGGCUUGAAGAACCAGGUGCAGGUAAAAAUGAACAUUGUCAGCUGCCCACCGGUUACCACUGUCCUCAUCAAGAGACCGGAUCUAAAGUAUCAGCUGGGAUUCAGCGUGCAGAACGGCAUUGUGAGCAGCAUGUGGAUUGGUUACUUUACACAUUAUGUAAAGGUUCACUCAGACAUGAAGUUUGGGAUCAGUGUUGUACAGGAAGUGUAUGUUUCUGCUCAUUUUUUAUUAUAUUGGAUGCUCUCAGGAAUCAUUUUGUCAUUUGCAGUGUUUUUUAAAAUAUAGAUGUUGCCUUUAAUGACAUUUACAGAAUACAAUCCUUGCUAAUAAAAAAAAAAAAAUCAAUUAUUUUUAGCAUGGAUGUCAUUUCCAAUUUAUCAGUUUAGCCUAUUAAAUUAAAAAAAUCCUCUCCAGAGCUGUGCAUCCUCCGUGUAAAAUGCCACCACACUUUCACAUCAAAUAUAUCGCCUUAACAUUAAUUUAAUUCCCUUUUCCUUGUCUGCGUGUGCUUUGUGCCUUUCAGAUAUGCAGCCUGAUGAGAGGGGGGAUAGCUGAGCGAGGGGGAGUCAGAGUGGGUCACCGGAUCAUAGAGAUCAACGGACAGAGUGUGGUGGCAACAGCACAUGAGAAGAUAGUCCAGGCCCUCUCGAACUCUGUUGGCGAGGUGAGACUGAUGCACACACACACAGACACACACACACACACGUGGGGCAAUGACACGGAUCUACACAUUUUUGCAGAUUUCUGCAAUAAUCAGUAAAUUCUAUAUUAGCUUAUUUAAGAUGUUGUGUUACGCGCAUCUGUGGGUUCAAUAUUCAAUUAACAUUAGGUGCUUGAAAGAUAUAUGGUCCGGGUGGGGAAUGCUAUUGAAUAAGACUAUUCAGCAACAUCACAAUUAACCAGACAGACAUUGCAUCAGCAUCAGCUCACACUAGCUGCUUUGCCAGUAACAUCUAUUGAAUGCAAAUUUCGAGAAGUGAAAAUAAGCUCAACAGCCAGCCGUGCAAGUACAGAUGCAGGUUUCCGUUGACGUGUAAUAAUAACUGCAGCCUGUUGAAAUAAUAGAACAAACAAGAUUUGCUGUGUUGUUUUGUAAGUCAGGCAGGAGCGUCUGAGCACGUGUGUUGAGUAAUUCAGUUUUAUAACUCACUAUAAAGGGAAGUGUAUGUUGAAGUGAAGGACUAUAUGUGAGGCUGUAAGAUUAAAUGAAUUAAUGAAGGUCGUUUUCCUUUCCACCGAAGGACUGUUGAAUUCAACAUGAUGAUUCCUGUUUUAAAGACCACUGAUUGAACACUACUUUACUAUAUAUGUGGCACAAUUUAGGUCUGCUGUGUGAAAGCAGAACAGUUACUGACUUUUAAAUAUAUAAUAACAGCAGAGCAGUACAACUAAAAGGACUGAGACAUUGUUGCAGGGAGGCUUAACUAUUUCCCCUUUCAAGCUAUGUGAGAACAACAUGUAGGGGAGAGUGGGGUAAGUUGAGCCACCCCCUGUUGCUUGGAAAUGGUAAAAGAAAUUGUUCAUGUGACCAAAUAUUUAGGAGACGGGCAUCAAUUCAUGGAGUCUGUGAAGGUUAAAAGCACACGGGUGAAGGGGUUAGAUAUUUAUUUACAAAAAAAACAUUUUUACUCUUUAAAGUGAAUUUAGUCUGUCAUAAGUUUUAUUAGAAUUGUGUUAAGACCAAAAAAGAUCAUUUAAAUUUGUUUUAGACAUCAAUUGUGGUAUCUAUGAGCAACAACAUGAGGACAAAAACCUACCAUAAAAGUCCACCAUUUUAGCUUAGAGGACUAAUAAAGUCAUAAUAGUCGUUUUGGGGUAAGUUAAGUCAGUGGCUAAACUGAGAAAGUAAAGGAGUCUGAUGAGAGGAUCAGAGUUUCAGUUCAGAUUGUUGAAAUGUUUUACUUUUUCUUCUCAAAAAUACAGCUGUGAAUGUUCUGAAUCACUUAAAGGCAUUCUCAUGUUAAAAUGGAUUUUUACAAAACAGCUUUUUAGCAGUUAUAUGCAAUAAUAAUAAAAAGAAUUAUUGUACUUGUUGAAUAGUGUAUAAUAGAUAAAAAUACACAUGAAUGUGAAGAAGUGACUUAUUUAGGGAGAGAGAAGGUGAGGGAGGGCUGGGGUGGAGAGUGAGGGGCGGGUGGUAGGGAUACGGCUAAACUCAACCCACUCCUAUGGUCAACUUACCCCAUACACAUAGGAGACCACUUUUUUUGGCAUGCUAUAUUAUCAAGACAGUUAUAUUGACACUCAUUCUGGUGGUUUGCAGGGAUGAACAACAUCUUCAAAUAUCUGCAGAUACACUAGUCAGAGACAAAACUAUGAUUGUCUUGAUGUAGUGAUCUGAAAUAUGAAAAAUUGCUCAUCUUACCACACUCUCCUCUACUGGAUGUGUAUUUUUCCAAGAGAGUUGAAAGCUUUGAAUGUUUGGCCUUCAAGAGCAAAUCUUAAUGAUAUCCAAGUCCAGAGCCUGGUUGGGCUCUCAGAGCAACAAUAACUAGCUAUUUUUUCUCCUUCAGUACUUUUUCUCAAGACUGUGCAGGCAUGGCUGAUAACAUUUGAUUGACAUCUGUCUAGCCCUGCACAUAGCUAUGUGUCAGUCAGGGUACACUUACUGCAGCCAUCGACAGUAUUUUUGAGAUGCUGGUGUCAGAGGCAGAGCAGGAAGCAGAAGGCCUGCGUAUAAAACCUGCUUGAACUGAUGUUUGCACUUUCACAGUCAAUAAAACUUUUUUUGGUAACUCUUCAUAUGAACCCACCUCUUAUAAUGCACCAUGAGCACAUUUAUAAAGCCUUAUAAAUACAUCUGUUAGGCUUUAUCCUUGCAAGUGAUUGUCAGCAUUCAUAACAGCUUAUAGCAACGUUAGUUUUAUACUGUAUUAUAUCUGCUUAUUAUACUUAACUAAAUUAGAUUUACUCUUUUUUUGUUGUUGUUGUUGUGUCUCCCCUAGAUUCACAUGAAGACGAUGCCGGCGGCCAUGUUCAGACUUCUAACAGGACAGGAGACCCCCAUGUACAUAUAAAUAAUGGCCAGGGACCGUUCAGGAGGAUGGGCUGUCAGUCAGCUGUGAUUGGUUAUCUCACAGGUCAAACCAAGCUGACUGCUAACAGUGAAGAGCAUCACUUCUCCUCACUGAUUCAUUUCUGUUUUUUCUUUGAACUGAUGAAUUCUUCAUCAUCUCUUCCCCAUGUCUGUGCUUAACAUGCAAUGGCCAUUUUAUUGAUGUAAAAAUUUAACAUCCGACCAGCUGAAGAGACUGUGUGAAUGUGUGUGUGUGUGUGCGUUUGUGUGAGAGUGUGCGUUAUUUAUUUGUCCUGUCUGUGCUUUUCUGUCACCUCAGUGAGAUUGCGUGGACAGACUUAUCGAGUGAAUGAAUCACAAUUUAUUUUUUUAUAUUCAUGUAAUGCAAUAUGAACCUUCUACUAUACUUCUUGUAUAGUUUCAUUUUCUUCUCUGUUUAUUUAUUUCCCAUGUAAAUACAUAUUUUGCUAGUAUUGGAGGCAGUAGGGAGGGUUUGGACCGCGGCCGCAUUUGUAAAUAUUUAUUGAAUCUUGCUGUUGAAAUGAAAGCAGUCCUCGAUGAUGGCAAAAACACAAUUAAUUGCCGGAUGUUGUUGUCGUUGCAAGUGAAAAAGAGGAAUGAAUUAAGUGUUUGAAAUGUUGGGUUUAAAUAUGCUAAGUCGAAAUAAUGUAAAUGUGAAACAAACCAAUGCUUGCAGCAGGGGUUUAUGGGAAGUAAACGCCAUAUUUGUUUGAUUUUCUCCAUCUUACGGCAAUACACAAGAUCAACCUCUGAAUGGCAAAAGAAGUGUUUUCUAAAUCUCAUGUACAAACACUCUGCACAUUUAAAUAACAAGCAACUGAAUCAAACGAUUAACAUGCAUUAAUUAUGCUUUUGAUAUCAAAGUCACAUGUAUGAAAACUGAACUUUCUUUUCUGUGCUACUCUACUCUGUGUUCAUCUUUAGUGUUCCUGACUGAAACUCAUGCAUACUAUGAGUGGAUUGUGAAUGUAACUGUGUUGUGUGAGCUGUCCCAUUGCCAUAAGCAGUAUUAGAAUGUCUGUACAUAAAGAGAAACUCGUCGCGUACCGUGCUCAUGUUAAAAAAAAACCAAACACAUAGGUUUAGUCACUGCAAACAUCCUCCCACUCGUAUGUUGGCUUUCAAUCUCCAGACGGAAAGAGAGAACUGUGAAUCACACACACUGUGACAGAAACAAGCAUUACCACCAGGCAAUGCUCCUGCAAUGCAUUGUAGUAAAUUUAACCAUAUGAACAUUUUGUGUGUGCAUGCCUCGUAAAGUAGUUUCAUGUCAUUGUGGCAAGAAAAUAAAAUCCAAGCUAAACCUGGCUGCUUUUGUUGGACUGGGGAACUGACUUUAAAGGGGAUGGAUCUCAGGCUCCUGGGCACCACAGGGGGAUGGGGGUUGAACUUUUGAAUAAUUUAAGGUCAUUACUUUCUCGAUGGUCUUUUUUGGAGGCUCAUUAAUGCAAGAACAAAAAUAGAAAGAAGAAACAAAAGGGUACAGGAAAAGAUUUGCUGACCAAAACACCAUGAGAAGAAUUUAUUCACUGUAAUUGUGAUUAAGUACUAUUAAAUCAACAUCAUCAUUUCUCAUUCAACUUUCAAUAAAGCAGAACUCAUUUUGGUUAUCAGGCUAUUUCACUUAAACUUGCUAAAACUUCUGGUUUUUACUGUUGUAGGUGUCCCAUGUGGACAAAGUGAUUCCUCUUUUUUUUUACUUUUACCAGUGAAAUGUGUCAAAAUCCUGUAUGGCUUUACCUACUUUUUAUAUGUGCAAUGCUAAAUCUCUGUGGGAAUUCUUUAAACACCAGUUGGUUUGUUUUUUCUCUGUAAAAAAGUCAGAAUUAGGUUCUUAAACAUAAACUUUAAGGUAUAUUCGAAUCCAACAAUGUAGAGUACAUCAUGUAUAACUCCACCACAGUUUGUACAAACCUACUGUAUCUAUUUUCUCUGAAUCUCUGAUACCACCUAGUGGCCAUUUCUGAGACACCAAAGAAGAGAAAGGAGUCCAUGAUAUUUUCUGAUUUUGAUUUUAUUCUGAGGAUUCUCUUUUUUUUUUUAACAGUUGCCUAUAAAAUGGUCAAUAAUUUAGAAAUUAUGUAAUGAUAGAAAAUCGUGUUCAAAUCAUUUAAAUAUUCUUUUAGAGUUCAGUGUUCUAUAAUUACAUUUACCAUUUGAUGCUAAAAGAGCGUCUGAACUUUGUGCAGUGCACAGUAUACACUAUCACAGUGUUGAUGUUUGUGUCUGUCAUGCUGAGUUGUCCUCAGUUGAUCAGGUUUUUGUCACUGAAGCAGGUCAGGGUUUCUGGUCAUUCUGGUCACACUUUAACAUAAUCUUUACCCCGACACCCUGACGUUUGUUCUCAAAGGCCUGAACCGCUUGUUCCAGAGGGAAACGGUGUGUCACAAGGGGCUUCACGUUCACUUUACCAGAAGCCACCAUGGCUAUGGCAGUUGGCCAACUGCAACACAAAGACAAAUAUUUCAGAUGUUUGGGAUACUAAACAAUCACUAGAAGGUUUAUUGUGUAAUUAUUAGUAUCUGUAAAUCAAACCAAAAGCUUAGUAAAUUUUAUCAUCGGCCUCAGAACAUCUGCUGACACCACCAGAGGAGCAAGCAAGGGAGAAUUUCUUACGUGUUGCAGUAGCAGAAAACCCCUCUGAUGUCCACUUCUCUGAUAGCCGCAUUAACCAGCGGAACAGUGACCAUCUCUGCACCCAGACCCACCAGCGCCACCACACCACCUGAACGAACUGCCUGACAAGAAGAAAAAAACACAGAACAAUUUCAAAUCAUGUGAUUUAUGUCAGAUUUUUAAAUCAAGAUUAAGACAUACAGCUAAAUAACGGCUGCACCAUACUGAUCAACUAUAAAUACUGUAGAAAAGUCCAGUGCCUGAAUGAAUUCUCUAUUGUCUCCAGUUUAUGCAUUGAUGCUUACUUGUUUUGAAUACAACUUCUAAUGCUCUUUAUAAAGGAUAUUCACAUACAUAUAUGGCAGUUUGCAUGCUGCUCUCGACUCCAGUGCAUUCAAUAGCGAUGUGAGGCUGAGCGCCCAGCAUGUCUGCAACACUCUGAGCCAGCUGCUGGGGUCCGUCUCCUCUUGUCACUGUCAGCUGGAAGUCUGCCCCCAACUCUUUGGCCAUUGCGAGGCGCUCUGAGGACAGAUCUGAAUACAAGGUACGAGGUUUCACAAACAUUAUUGUGAAUAAAAAUAAUAAUGACAAGGACAACUACAAGAACCUGUUUCUUGACAAUGGUCAUUUCAGUUCAGAUGUAUUUUCUGCGAGUUACCAGUGAUGACAACUUGUGACGCUCCCAUCGCUUUGGCUACAAGCAAACAAACCAACCCAAUUGGUCCUGUUGAGAGAGGACAAAUAAAGGAGACAGCCGAGUAUUGGCUAAUGUAACACUUAUAGAUACAGUCUAUUCUAACAGCAUGAGUGAACACAUUCGACACUCGAAAGAGACUAACAUUUCAUAAUUACUCUCCGCAGUAUAGGUGUAACCUGCAGCUAUAUCCAAAUUGAAAACCUCAAGUGUUUCAUCUGUUGUUGCUUCAUGGAAUCGUCUCAAAUGUUUCCUAUUAGCUUGUUUUCACAGCAGAGGGGGUUUGUUAAAUAUUAAGACCCUAACAAGGUGUGUUCAGGUUCAGCAGCUUCUCACUAAGAUUUUGUUGAGUCAGUAUGAUUCUCAGGUUUGUGAAUACGCCCACAGAGUGUUGAACCAAAUUCCUUUCUUGCAGGGGCAUGCCGUUAAAAUAAUCACCUCCUUUAUAUCAGAUUGCAUCAUACUCUGAAAGGCAGUUUGCAGUACUUUCUCAAUGCAAAAAUUUAAUGCAGGUUUAAUAGUUCUCACCUGCACCACAGAUGAGCACACUGCUGCCGAGGGUCACACCUGCUCUGCGACAGGCGUGGAUCCCCACGGACAGAGGUUCAAUUAGAGCUCCCUCUUCGAAUGUCACAUUGUCAGGCAACCUGAUUUGUUACAAUGAGAGGAACAAAGAGGAGAGAAAAAGAAGGAUGUAAAAGUGAAGCAAGAGGCAGUUGGAGGAAGAUAUAAGGUAGUGGUGGAGUAAUCUUUUGCAGCGUGGCUAUGAAAUCCUGAACAGACUGUUACUUGUAGCAGAAGUCGGCGCUGUGGGUGUAAUAUCGGCACAGAUUUCCAUCAUCGGGGGGCUUGGAGCAGAAGAAGUUGGUUGGAGAUAAGUUGUAUCGUCCAUUUUUUAAGAACUCGUCCAUUUCACGGGGAACGCCAGGCUCGAUGGCAACUCUGUCACCUUCAGGACACAAGGCGAGAUUAAAAAGCACAGCGUUAGUUUGUCAUAGUAUCUCUAUUACAGUGAGGCUGAGUGGAAACUUAUUCAUAUGGAGUGAAAUCGGUCACAAAUGGUUGAAAUGACAACUUUUAAAAAGACGAGUUUAGAAAAAGAUAAUAAUAAUAACUUUAUUUGUAUAGCACUUUUGAAAAACAGAAGUUGACAUGUAGUUGUGGAGCACAUGGAAAAAGACAAAUAAAAUCAAAAAGCUCAGUUAAAACGGUAUUGAAGGCCAUUUUCAUGUCAUAAGGAACCCAGACAAUACAAGAACCAUGCAACAUAAAAUGACACCAUGAAGACCAAAAUAAAAACAUGAAAUAGUUAAGAAGAAAGGAUAAUGCAAUUAAAAGGGAGGACGAAAGCAAGAACAGGAUAGUAAAUAUAAAAGGCAAUAUCAACAAUGGUAAUUAAAUAAUAACAACAGGUAAUCCUGAUAAUAAAAGUAAUGAUAAAAUAGAGCAACAGAAAUGAGCAAGAGAUAAAACGAUAAAAGGCCUAAAAGGUUGAUUAAGAAAAGAGUACAAGUAAAACAAAAGCUAAAAAGACAGUAAGGCCGAAAUAAGAUUGAGGUAAAAGAGAUAAGAGAUGAUAAAAGAUGUAAAAGUUUCUGAAUCUCCCUUUGCUGUGUGACAUAUAGUCUCCAGUAUUUAACAGCUUCCAGACACGCCCACUCACCUACUUUCAGAUGCUUGACUGCAGCUCCGACCUUCACCACCCGCCCUGAUGCCUCAUGGCCCAGCACCAUAGGUUUUUUAACCACAAAAUCCCCGAGCCGUCCGUGCUGCCAGAAACGAACGUCUGAUCCACAAAUUCCCACAGAGUGCAUCUGCAGCAAAACCUCUGGAAAAGGAAAAAACAGGACACACAUGACAAAAAGCAAUGUUUGCAACCUGAUCAUAAAAACAAAACCUCAGCUUUGGCUCAGUAAAGAUACUUUCUCUGGAGGUAAAAAUAUGCUCAUUGAAAUUAAGUGCAUGAAGUUGAAGCAGAACAGCCUGGACAUGCUCUAGCUUUGAGAUGGUUUUGCAGUAAGACACACAUCUUCAACAUUUUAAGAGUUUAUUUUGUAAUGUUUGUAAAAGUAGACUGUCGUACUGCACCAUUAGGUCCUGGCUCUGGGACAGGGCGAUUUUCCUUUGAGAAAUGAACAAAAUCAGAAGGAAAAAAAAUGUACAUUUAGAUGGUUUCAUACGAGCUACAACUUAUUUUGUUCACCACAUAAUAUAAAAGUCUGUGCCGGUCUCUUACCAGUCUGAGGUCUCCCUUUGAGUGCAGCACUAAAGACAGAUUUUCCUGCGCCAUGACGGAUGAGCCAGAGAGCGAGAGAGGAGGAUAAACCUGACAGGGAGGCGGUUAAAACUUCAGAUCACAGACAAACCUCCUCCUUAUUCAACAUGCGUCAAAGUCCAGGUGGUAGCAGCAGCAGCGUGAACAUAACUUCCGGAAAAUGGAGACGGUACCAAAACAAAGACCGUGAUUGGUUAAAGACCCAUGGCACGGUUUAUUUAGGAGGGGUGGAACAAAUCCGUGUGUUCAUGAGAUUUUACUCAGAUAAUGACAAUUUAAGUCCUGACGACGCUUGAAAUACCUUCAAAACAAAUUGUUAUCCAUCGAAAGAUAUUAUUAAGCCUGCUUUGUCAAUAUGCUUUUUUGUUAUUUGGCGAAACACACUCUCAAGUUCCGUUGGAGUUCAUUAAAAUCAGAAUAUGGAACCCCCCCCCCCCCCAAACGCUGAUGAGCCAAUGGCAGUUUAGUAUCAAUUUAACCAGGACCGUAAAACUCUUUUAGUUCCAUUGAGAAGCAGUAAAAGUCGUGAUAUUUGACCUGUUUUGUGUUGUUAAUUUUAAUAUAACAGAAAGAAACAUGUUUUAAAAAAAGGUGUGCAAAGGGUAGCGACACAAGGAAUCCUGACAGGAUGGGCAGUGGGGUGAAUUUCACUCCAUUUCCAAAAGAAAGACCCAAGUAAACGUCUGCGAUGGAUGACGUUGUGUGUCAGACCAAACAGCCAACUCAACGUCUAGAAGAUCAACAAGGAUGUCUACGUUUGUUCUAAGGCAAGUUACACCAACGAAGCUUUAAAUCUACAACCUUUACCGACAGUUAUUUAAUCGUCAUUAGCGAUGUAGUAACUUUCGACUCUGGUGCUAAUGUUAGCCCAGGUUAGCACAAUUUUAAAUAUGAACGGUAGAUGGAUUACGCACGCUGUUAGCCAAUGGAGACCGACAUCCGCAUCCGGCGGCCAUUUCGCUAUCGGACGCUCGCCCACUCAUUACAUUAUAGUCUACGGUGCAUGUAGCAUUUAAAUAGCCAGGAAUUGCUUAAUUUUGAACCGAUUUUCAAACGGUUUGGUUUGUAACAAACCUCAGAGUUUUACUUAUGUUCCUCUGUACUCAAAAAUAAUUUUAACCAUGGAUUUUCAUAAAUAAUCAUUAAACAGAUAGAUAGAGCAAUAGCUAUAGGUCUACGCACACACACACAAGGCAGUUACAUUAAACCAUUUAUAUAAAGAACAUUAAAACAUUCCAUGUAUGUCGUAUUAGUAAUAUUUCUAUUAUAGGGACAACUAUAUUAACAUAUAGCAAUAACAGUAUUUUUGAUCAUGCAGAUUACUCGUCUAAAUUUAAAUUCUGGAUAUAUCCCUCCAUGGCAUAGUAAAGUCCAUUUUGAUGGCUUCUCGGAGACUUCAGGUGUUUUUGUGCCCAGAAUUUGUCAAGACCGUCUUGGUCUUGGCAUUUGACACUGAUAGCCACCAUUGUAAAGCACUGCUCAGCUGUCCAAGUUAGCAACAGGAGACUUGGUGCUGUUUUACAUAAUCUUUGACAUGAUACUGAAUGUGUUUCAUCAGUAUCCUGUUUGACUUGUGUGAUUAUUUUUGCACUAUUUGCUUUGUUUGCCUGUUGUAAUGUGAUGUUGUUUUUUCCCACACUUCAUGUCAAACUGCUUAUGAACCACACAGUUUUAAAUCCUGUUACACUUUAAAUAAUGACCUGGGGUACUCGGUUUAUGGUAAGGGGGAAAGUCUAUCUUGACCUGUGCAACACUUGAAAAAGUUUCUUGGAGGGUAAUUAGUUCAAUCAGUAGGUAAACCUACUUUGAGGUAUAAACCUUGAUCUGGAGAUGAGUCACUUAAAUAAAUGUUUUCUUGUGCCUGAAGCACACUACUUAAAAACCAGACAAACUUGUUCUUCAACAUACACUCAGACACAGUUUAGUCGCUGUUAGCUUGUUGGUUUUGUUAGCUUGGCCUUAAGUCAGAUCUUUUAAUCUGAGUUAACAUUAUGUAUAUUAUCAGUCAAUGGUAAAUUAGCCACUUGCAGCUAAAAGGUUUGAUAGGGAAUAUUGAGCAAGUUAAUCAUUAGCAAGCCAUUUAUUUUUCCCAAAGCCUUUUCUUUUAUACUGCUCUGUUGUUGAGUAUUUACAGCUGCAUUCAAGUUCAGAGAAAGGCUGUAGUAAACUUUAACUUCAGUCAAAACAGAGAAAUAAGCGAGUUUAAGACUGGCUUGGAGGGGGUUUUGAUUACAUGACUAUAGUGCACAAUUUUUAGUGCUUGUUGAACAAUUCGUUUUUCUGUUUUCUGACCACAAGAGGCAAUACCCUAGUUUAGCACAGGGUCAGAGAGUUUGUAUUUUAGAAUAAAAUCAAACCACAGCUCUUAUUUGCAAACCAAUUUCAAAAUAUGUGUCAACAUUUUGAUUAUCUAAGAUGACAAAAAUAUGAAAAUCAUUGGGCUAUGAAAAAAAAACAAAAAACAAAUCCCCCAUUCUCUUUAAUGCAUUAUCAAAGGUUUGGACAUAGACUGUUAAUAAGAUGGAUGUCAUAUUACGACUUUACACACAUGACUUUAAAAAUUAAAUUAAUGUAAAAAAAAAUUUCAGACCCGGAUGGUGCAGUGAUACACCACCAUUGUUAGACUUCAGGUCCACUUUUUCUUAAAAGUUUUUUUUAUAAGUUAUUGCAGUUAUAAAAAACAUAUUUUACAACAUAUUUUUUAAACACCAGUUGGUUUGUUUUUUCUCUGUAAAAAAAGUCAGAAUUAAGUUCUUAAACAUAAACUUUAAGGUAUUUUCGAAUCCAACAAUGUAGAGUACAUGCUGUAUAACUCCACCACCAGUUUGUACAAACCUACUGUAUCUAUUUUCUCCAAACUCUGAUACCACCUAGUGGCCAUUUCUGAGACACCAAAGAAGAGAAAGGAGUCCAU